AAGAGAAGUCAGUCUGACACAAGACAUUGAGUGAGUAGCAAGUGCGCAAUUUUAGUAACACUUAGUAUUAAAAUAGAAAAAGUUCAUCACCAAAGUGGAGUCAUAGGGCGAGAUUUGCCCUGGCGACAUCUGGCCAUGGCGACUGCGAAAAUGAAGAUUAUUCUUCCGUUAGUCGUAUGGAUAUGGCUGAUAACACAAACGACUGCCCAAUCCUUCACCGGCAUUGGUCGCGGUAUCAAAAGGGAGAACUUUUUUCUAAAACUCGAAGACGGCAUCUUUGCGUGCCAAGUAAACGAAACUUUUGACGUACUGCAAGUAUUCCAGCUAUCCAAACUCUGCGACGGAGUGCCGGAUUGCUUUUUAGGAUCAGAUGAACUUAGGAAUGAAUUGAAAUGUACAGACGACUGCCGAAAUGACGAUGGUACUCUUUGCCAAAACGGUGUGUGCAUCGACAAUCAAUGUCAUUGCAACGAUGGCUUUGGAGGCUGUAGCUGCGAAGUACCAGACGAAAACGAAUGCAAGUACAGACCAUGUGACGUGUUUGCGCAUUGUACCAAUACCUUGGGCAGUUUUUCAUGUACCUGCUUCCCAGGGUAUCAAGGAGAUGGGUUUCAUUGCGAAGAUAUCGACGAAUGCGCAGAUCCAGCUAUUGCAUCGAGAUGUGUUCAAAAUGCAGAGUGCUGUAAUCUUCCAGCUCAUUUCUUAUGUAAAUGUAAACCGGGAUAUGAAGGAGAUGGCGAAUCGCUAUGUAUUGAUAUUGAUGAAUGUGCAAGACCCGGAGCUUGUGGUCAAAAUGCUCAUUGUUUUAACACACCCGGAAAUUAUACGUGCGUUUGUCCGGAUGGAUAUGUUGGGAAUCCAUAUGAUGGGUGUAUAGAUGUUGAUGAAUGUCAAAGUCAUAAUGCUUGCGGACCAGGAGCUAUUUGUACCAAUGUAGCAGGAGGAAAACAGUGCAUAUGUCCACCAGGUUACGAAGGAGAUGCCUACACGUUGGGAUGUCACGACAUAGACGAGUGCUUAAGAUCGCCAUGCGGUCAAAACGCUCUUUGCACAAAUUUAGAUGGAACUUUCAGUUGCACGUGCCCUCCAGGUUUCAUUGGAGAUCCAACCAUCGGCUGUUCAGAUAUUAACGAGUGUGAGUCAAGCCCGUGCGCAAGUGGCGCCAACUGCGUAAACAAUAACGGCAGUUAUAACUGUUUAUGUCAAAAAGGCUUCACGGGAUCGGGGAGGGGCGAAGAAUGUUUAGAUGUGAACGAAUGCGGACGACAAGGGGCUUGUGGAAUUAACGCAAAAUGCAUAAACUUGCCCGGGACAUACAAAUGCAUAUGUCCCGUCGGUUUCAAAGGAAAAGGCCACUCAUUUUGUGAAAAUAUUAACGAAUGCCAGACAAAUCCUUGCGGAGAGAACACCAUUUGUAGAGACACGAUAGGAAGUUAUGUGUGUCUCUGCAAAGAAGAUUACACUGGGGAUCCAAUCAAAGGUUGCGUCGAUAUCGACGAGUGCUUGUCGAGGGAAAAACCCUGCGGCACUUAUGCUAUUUGUGAGAACACAUCUCCAGGAUUCAACUGUUUGUGUCCUCAAGGAUAUAGGGCGAGCCCAUCACCACAAAUUGCCUGCGAACAGAUUGAUGUAAACACGCUAUGCUCGUCCAACUUCGAUUGUACGAAUAACGCGGAAUGCGUCGAAGGGCAGUGUUUUUGUCAAAAAGGAUUUAAGCCGAACGGUGCCUCGUGUGCGGAUAUCGACGAGUGCUCGAAUCAACCUUGCGGGCCGAACUCUUUGUGCGUGAACACUCCGGGUAGUUAUCGUUGUGAAUGUGAAAGUGGAUAUGCAGGUGCGCCUCCACGCGUUGAUUGUAAAGCACCGUGCGAAGAUGUUAAGUGCGGUGAUCAUGCUUUCUGUAAACCCGACGGACAAGAAGCUUAUUGCAUCUGUGAAGAUGGUUGGACUUUUAACCCUACCGACAUAGCAGCAGGUUGUGUAGACAUAAACGAAUGUGAUCUCAGUGCUGGUCCAAACGGAAGAUGUGGAGCAGAAGCAAUAUGUAGAAAUUCACCGGGAUCAUAUUCUUGUCAAUGUCCGACAGGAUAUACUGGAAACCCCGGUGAGAGAUGUGAUGAUAUCAACGAAUGUAAUGAAGCCGACUCUUGUGGAUUGGGAGCAGUUUGUACGAAUACACGAGGAGGUUAUAGUUGUAAAUGUCCCGAAGGAACAGUUGCUGAUCCUGAUGCUUACACAAGAUGUAACGAAAUUGUUACUUGUAAAACCGAUCAUGAUUGUCCUGGAAACGCCGUUUGUGAUGGAUUAAAGCGGUGUUUAUGUCCUGAACCUAACAUUGGAAAUGAAUGUAGACAUCCGUGUGAGUCAAUAACUUGUGGACCAAAUGAACAUUGUAUGCUCAUUAAUCAAGAAGCGAAAUGCAUCUGCCAGGAAGGAUAUACCCCAACAAACCAAGGUUGUGUCGACGUAGACGAAUGCAUAGGAAACCCAUGUCAACCGGGCGCUAUCUGCAAGAACGAACCUGGCAGUUUCAAUUGCCAAUGUCCCGGGGGUACGUCCGGAGAUCCUUACAGGACCGGCUGCCUGAAAUCGGCGGUACCAUUCAGCUGUUCGGCCUCGAAGCCAUGUCCCCACGGCGAACAAUGCAUCACCGAUGACUUGAACGGAGAUAACGUGUGUAUAUGUGUACAAGGAUAUGUCAGAGAUCACGACUCCGGCAAAUGCCGCGAUAUCAACGAAUGUACCGAACUGAGAGAGAAACCACCAUGUGGGCUUAACGCAGUUUGUAAAAAUCUACCGGGAAGUUACGAUUGUCAAUGUUCCAGCGGGUUUAACGGAAAUCCUUUCUCUGAAUGCAUAGAAUGUAACCGUCCUGAUUGUCGCUGCCAACCACCUUAUAAAUUAAUGGACGGUAAUUGCGUAUUAGCCGGUUGUUCUUCAGAAGGAAAAUGUCCAAACGGUGCCGAAUGUAUAACAAUAACAGGUGGGGUGAGUUAUUGUGCUUGUCCUAAAGGAUAUAAAUCAUUAAUAGACGGGUCAUGCCAAGAUGUUAAUGAAUGUACUGAAGGUCAUCGAGUUUGUGGGUUCGGAGCCGAAUGUAUAAACAUACCAGGAUCUUUCGAAUGUAUUUGUCCAGAAGGGUAUAGCGGAGAUCCUUACAACGGUCUUUGCUCACCAUCACAGAAACGAUGCAUCAACGACGGUGAAUGUUCAACGAACGAAAAAUGUGUUCAACCUGGUGAAUGUAUUUGUCCUCCACCAUUCUUCAGUGAUCCCCUUGAUAAUAAUAAAUGUAAAAGUCCUUGUGAAAGAUUCGCUUGUGGCAUUAACGCGAAGUGUACGCCAAGUGAUCCUCCCAGAUGUAUGUGCGAGGCUGGAUACACCGGAAAUCCACUUCAAGGAUGUGUCGAUAUUGAUGAGUGCUUAUCUUCCCCUUGUGGUUAUGCGGCCCAUUGUAUAAAUCUAAAAGGUGGCUUCAGGUGUGUUUGUCCUCAAGGUACUCACGGUGAUCCUUAUAAAACCGAGUGUGUCGUCACUCAUGUUACUAUUCCCGAAGAAAAAGGAAAAAGUGAAUGUACACAUAACACAAAUUGUGCUAAUGCGUUAGCGUGCAUAGAAGGAAGUUGUGUUAGUCCGUGCGGCACGUUAUUGUGCGGUCCGAAUUCUUAUUGUGAACCUGAAAAUCACAUUGCGCAUUGCAAAUGUUCGAUUGGAUUUAGAGAAAAUUCUGUAGGACAAUGCGUUUCAAUGUGCGAAGAUCAUCUUUGCGCUAGUGGUGCGCAAUGUAUCGUCACAACUUCUGGCCCAACCUGCAAAUGUAGGGAAGGUUUAAUUGGAAAUCCUUUCCCCGGUGGAAAAUGCGUUCCAGAUGUUUGCUCCAGUAAUAAUCCUUGUUCCGAGCCUCAAGCGUGUAUAGGAGGAAGAUGCAAAGAAAGAUGUGAAGGAAUCAUUUGCGGUGUAGGAGCUCAUUGCGACAAAAAUAGUAAUAAAUGUGUUUGUGACGACUUUUUCAUUGGAAAUCCAGACUUGAUUUGUAUGCCACCAAUUACCGGACCUGCUUGCGAUCCUCCUUGUGGUGAUAACGCUCAUUGCGAAUACGGAUUAAUUAACAAAUGCGUUUGUAACAGCGGAACUUCCGGAAAUCCAUACGAAAACUGUAGAGUAACAGAAAAGAAAUCUUGUUCAAAAACACAAUGUGGAAGAGGAGCUCAAUGUAGAGACUCAUACGGAGUUGUAGAAUGUUUCUGCCCAUCUGGUUACGCAGGUAAUCCAUAUGUAGCCUGUGAAGAUCUCGACGAAUGCUUAAACAAUGCUUGCGGUGAAAGUGCUGCCUGUAUCAACACACCAGGGAGCUACGAUUGUAGAUGUAAAGAAGGAUUCGCAGGAAAUCCAUUCGUUAUUUGCGCAAGAGUACAAGUCGGAAUGUGUGAUGAUGCUCAACUGUGCAGAUGUAACGCGAACCUACUUUGCCCAAAUGGUUUUAGUUGCGAACGUGGAAGAUGUAAAAAUCUUUGCGAAAAAGUUCGUUGUGGUCCAAGAGCAGGAUGCGAUGCAGGAAAAUGUAUAUGUCCGCCAGGAUAUGAAGGAAACCCCCGUGAUCUCCGAAACGGUUGUAAACUCAAAGGGCAAUGUAACAUCGACACAGAUUGUCAAGAUUCUGAAAUAUGUUUCCAGCUUGGAAAAGGUCUUAGAAAAUGCGUUGACGCUUGCAGUAAAAUUCAAUGCGGACCAAAUGCUUUAUGUGUAACCGAUGCUCAUAUUUCACAUUGCAUUUGUGCUGCUAAUUAUAUUGGAAAUGCUGAUGAUUUAUCUUUAGGAUGUCAGCCAGAAGCUAGAACACCAAAAGAAUGCUCUAAAGAUGCGGAUUGCAAGGAAGGAUUUGUUUGUGGAUUAGAUGAAACAGGAAGAAAUAAAUGCUUAAACCCUUGUACUAAUGUCGCUUGUGGAUUAUAUGAAGUAUGUAAACUAGAUAUUAAUCGUCAUCCCACUUGUACCUGUAGAGAAGACUUUUUGUGGAAUCCUGUAUCUUCAGCUUGCGAAAAACCAUCACUACCAGAUUGUAAAAGCGAUAAUGAAUGCCAACAACAAGAAAUAUGUCAUCCAGAUGCUUUGGGCGUUCUUAAAUGCAUAUCUAUUUGCUCCCAAUAUACAUGUCCAGCGAACGCAAUUUGUGUUGCUACAAAUCACAGAGGUACAUGUGAGUGCAUUAAUGGUUAUUCCGGAAAUCCAAAUGAUAGAACAGGAUGCAGACCAAUUGUUGAGAGAGGUUGCACUUCUGAUGUUCAAUGCCCAGAACAAGAUUCCUGCCAAAAAGAACGUAAUGGAUUAUCAUCAUGUAAAUCUGCCUGUCAUCGAAUAACUUGUGGACCUAACGCAUUGUGCAUUGUUAAUAAUCACGUUCCACAAUGUCAAUGUCCACCAGGAUCCUACGCAGGCGAUCCUAAUGACUUACAAAAAGGAUGCGUAUCGGUGCCAUGUGUAUACAAUUUGGACUGUCCACCACAACAACUUUGCAAUAGAUUAACUCAUACAUGUCACGACGUUUGCGACGAAGAAUCUUGUGGUACAAAUGCUGUGUGUAUUGCAGAAUCGCAUACAGCUAGUUGUGUAUGUCCACCAGGAUUUAAACCAAAUCCUGUAGCUGAUAUUAAAUGUAGCCCUGUUGAUUUCUGUAAACCAAAUCCAUGUCAUUCAUCGGCAAAAUGUGAAAGUACUUCUAUAGGAUAUACAUGCAAAUGUCCUCCAAAAUACAUCGGAGAUCCUUUAACAACAGGAUGUAGACCAGAAGGAGAUUGUCCCAAUGGCAAUAAUGACUGCCCUAUACAAUCUGUAUGUCAACAAGGUCGAUGUGUAAACCCCUGCGAAACAACAAUUUGUGGGCCAAACUCAGUAUGCAACGUAGUAAAUCGAAGACCUGUUUGUACAUGUCCUGCCAAAUUCAUACCAUCGGCAAAUGUUGCUAAAGAGGGUUGUUUACGAGUUUCAACGAGCUGUAGUACAGAUUUAGACUGUGGAGAUGAAGUUUGUGUGAAUUCGCAAUGUAAACCAGUUUGCAGGCAUAACGAAGAUUGUUCUAGUGGAGAAAAAUGUUUACACAACGUUUGCAUGGUUCCAUGCAUAAACCAUAAACAAUGCAGAAAUGAUCAAGCUUGUAUUAAUGGGGUGUGUAUAGUAGGAUGUCGGAAUAACAGGGAUUGCAAGCCAAAUGAAUCAUGUAUUAACAACAAAUGCGAAGAUACUUGUCUACAAGCUGGUGUUUGCGGUCCAAAUUCUAAAUGUACAUCAAUUGACCAUAAAGCGACAUGUAGAUGUCCAGAAGGUUUCGAUGGUAACCCAACUCCAGAAGAAGGUUGCGUGAGGAUUCCUUCACAAUGUACAACAAGUCGACAGUGCCCAACAGGCCAUAUGUGCAUUGGAAAUGUGUGCAAUUUACCAUGUUCAAAUACAUCUUCAUGCGCAAUUGGUGAACGAUGCGAUGAUAAUAAAUGUGUUAAAAUUUGCUAUGGAGAUAGUAACUGCCUACCGGGUGAAAUUUGUUUUAAAGGAACAUGUCAACCAGGUUGUUCGAUAGACACCGAUUGUAAAGAAACUCAAAUUUGCAUCAAAAACAAAUGUAAAUGUGCACUUGGAUUCAUUCAAGGCCCGAAUCAAUGCUUGGAUAUUAACGAAUGCGAAGACAAUCCUUGCCAUGGAUCAGCGCAAUGUCUAAACACUCCGGGAAGUUAUAAAUGUAAAUGUGCAGAUGGUAUGAUUGGUGACCCUUUUAUUGAACCAGGUUGUAGAAUUCCAAACCGAUGUAGUAGUGAUAGAAACUGUGCGGUGAAUUUGGCAUGCAAAAGAGGAGAAUGCGUUGAUCCCUGCCAAAAUACAAAGUGUGGACCUAACGGGGCAUGUAUCGUUUUCGAACAUAAACCAGUUUGUACGUGUCCUUAUGGACAUCUCGGGGAUCCAAACGAUCAAAAUAUUGGAUGUUUCAAAGUUGAAUGUUUGAAUGAUAACGACUGCAGACCUGAUAAAUUUUGCAACUGGGAAAUAAAUAAAUGUUCAGAUCCUUGCGAUGAAAUGUCUUGUGGUAAAGGACAAUGUAUUAUCAAGAAUCAUAAAGCAUCGUGCGUGUGUCAAAACGGAUAUGUACUCACUGAUAACAAAUGCGUAGAUAUUAAUGAAUGUGCAACGUUAAAUCCUUGUCAUAUUACAGCAACCUGUCAAAAUAACGAAGGAAGUUUCGUGUGUAUUUGCGCGGAUGGUUUAGUUGGAGAUCCAUAUACAACAGGAUGUCGAAAAUCAACUGAUUGCUUUGCGGACAACGAUUGUCCUGUUUCUGCGACCUGCAUAAACAACCAAUGUAAAAAUCCAUGUGAAGACGUGAAAAUAUGCGGUAAACACGCGGAAUGUGUUCCUACAAAUCAUCAACCAUCUUGCAAAUGUCCCCCUCAAACAAAAGGAAAUCCAUUACAAGAAUGUGUUCCUAUCGAAUGCGAAAAUAACGAUGAUUGCUCCAAUAAUAAAGCUUGCAUUGAUGCACACUGCGUUGAUCCUUGUACAUUACCAAAUAGUUGCGGACAAAAGGCGUUGUGUACUUCUGUAAAUCAUGUCGGAUAUUGCACGUGCGAACAAGGAUAUACAGGAGACCCACAAUUGGGAUGCGUACCACUUCAAUACUGUGCCACUGAUAAUCAGUGUCCAUCAGCAACGAAAUGUUUAAACGGAGUUUGUUCAUCAUUAUGUACCUCAAAUCGAGAAUGUAUUGGUGACCAACUUUGUCUUCAAGGAAUCUGCCAACCUACUUGUAAAACAAAUACAUCCUGUCCCGAUUUUCAAUUCUGCCAGAACAAUAUCUGUACUCAAGAACUAAAAUGUCAAUCAGAUGAUGAUUGUUCAUACCAAGAAAAAUGUUUACGUAACAACAUCGGACAAACUGAAUGUGUAAACCCUUGUGAUGAAAUAUUUUGUGGUAGAAACGCACAAUGUAGAUCAGAAAAUCACCAAGGUGAUUGUUUGUGUAUGCUUGGUUAUUACGGAAAUCCAAGAGACGAGAAACUGGGAUGUCAAGAAAUAGAAUGUGAAUUGAAUAGCCAAUGUUCCUUAGAUAAACUUUGCGAUUUAUACACCUGUAAAAUAGCUUGUUUAACUAAAAAUCCUUGCGGUAAAAAUGCAUUGUGUUCAUCGGAAAAUCACGAACAAGUGUGUUAUUGUCAACCUGGGUUCACAGGGGAUCCCACACAGGGUUGCAAAUUAAUCGAUUUUUGUGCAGACGAUCCAUGCGGACCAGGAGCUGAUUGCUUUAAUUCAAGAGGCUCAUUUAAAUGUGUAUGUCCGAGAGGAACCAUCGGCGAUCCAUAUAACGAAGGUUGCAGAAGUUCAGUUGAAUGCGAGCAAGACAACGAUUGUCCGUUUAAUGCCAAAUGUGACAAAAUAAACACUUAUCCUAAAUGUCGGGACGUUUGCCUUUAUACUACUUGUGGCCCGAAUGCUGAAUGCAUCGCCGUAGACCACCAAGGUCAUUGUUCUUGUAUUAACGGCUAUGAAGGAAAUCCAAACGAAAAAACCAUCGGAUGCCAACCCAAACCGGUACGUUGCAGAUCAACAUCUGAUUGCCCAUCCAAUACUUAUUGUCACCAAGAAAUUUGCACACCAACAUGUCAAUCAGACACUGAAUGCGGAUUACAAGAAGUAUGUUUACAAGGCCAAUGUUUUAAUCCUUGCCAAUUAAAGUCAGCCUGUGGCGUUAAUGCAGAUUGCACAGUAAUUAAUCAUAGAAAAGAAUGCUCAUGUCCCGAAGGCUUCACCGGAAACGUUAACUCGGAAUGCUUGAGACUACCAUCUUCGUGUACUCAAAGAUUAGAUUGUCCUCAGGGAAGCGUAUGUAAAGAUGGAUCGUGUCAUCAACAAUGUUUAAAUGACGAAGCAUGCGCUUUUAACGAGAAAUGUUUAAAAGGAAACUGCGUUCUAACUUGUAGAGUUGAUAAUGAUUGUUUCCUUGGUCAUAUUUGUAAACAAAAUAUGUGCAUAAUUGGAUGCCAAACUGACGACGAUUGUAGCGCAACAGAAUCAUGUAGAAACAACAAAUGUGUCAAUCUUUGUGUUACACAUCCCUGUGGUCCAAACGCUUUGUGUAAUGUUAUAAAUCACAGAUCAACAUGUUCGUGUGGUGAUGGUUUCGUACCAAACCCACUGGCUAAAGUAGCCUGUGUUAGAUCUCCAGCUCAACCUUGCAAUGAAAAUAAAAAUUGUCCACAAGGAACUGUUUGUCUUGACAAAUUAUGCAUGCCUGUAUGUUCGUCACCUAAUGGUUGUCUUAAAAACGAGCGUUGUGAUACAUCUGUUGGAGUGUGUAAACCUCUCUGUAGAAAAGAUAAAGAUUGUAGAAGCGGCGAAAUUUGCGAAAACUUGUCAUGCGUUGUUGGUUGUAGAAGUAAUACAGAUUGUGUAUCCACAAAAGAAUGUCAACUCAAUAAAUGCGUCGAUCCUUGUACAUCAAAAACAGCUUGUGGAUCAAACGCGUUAUGUCAUGUGAAAAAUCAUAAAAAAGUAUGCACUUGUCCUAAACCGCUUAUAGGAAAUGCAGAAGAAUAUUGUAGAUAUCCAGCAAGAACAUGUUACACCGAAGAAGAAUGUACAGAUAAUCAAGUAUGUUUUGCUGGAAUGUGCCAGAAAUUGUGCAGAAGUGAUAAUAACUGUCUGGCAGAUGAAAGAUGCGUCAAAGGGAUGUGCGAUACUAUCUGUAAUUCUGAUGCUAAAUGCGGUAAUAAUCAAAUUUGCGAGAAUAGAAUAUGUCAAGUUGGAUGUAGAAGCGAUACAUCGUGCUCUGCUAAUGAAGCUUGUAUUGAUAAUAAAUGUCAAGACCCUUGCAAUGGCCGUGUGACCUGCGGAACUUGUGCUCUGUGUAGUGUUUCAAAUCAUGUAGCCCAAUGCAGUUGUCCGCAAUCUUUCCUUGGAAAUCCAUUAAUAUCCUGUCAACAACCAGCCGUAAGAUGUGACGGCUCUUGUCAAUGCGAUGAAAUUGGAUACUGCAUAAAAUCCUGCACAAAAGAAAAAGAUUGUCCUUGUGGCGAAACCUGCUCUGGUGGUAAAUGCCGUACUAAAUGUUCCAUCCAAAGUGCGUGUGCAAGAGGUCAAGUUUGUAAAGACGGUGCAUGUAUAGCUGGAUGCAAAUCAAAUUCAGAUUGCCCUAACGUCGAAUCUUGCAUAAGAGGAAAAUGUCAAAAUCCAUGUAAAAUCACCAAACCUUGCGGAAAGAAUGCUCUUUGUCGUAUCGCCGAUCAUAAAGCGCUUUGUAUUUGCCCAGAUGGUUACCAAGGAGAACCAACAAAAUCGUGUGUACCGUUCGAAUGUAAAGCUGAUAAAGAUUGCGAAUCAAACAAGCAUUGUUCUGAUGGUACGUGCCGCAAUCCCUGUUUAGAAUCGAAUGUUUGUGGAAUUAAUGCUCAAUGCAAGGUGGUUAAUAGGCGGCCUCAAUGUUCGUGUCCUAUAGGAUAUACCGGAAAUGCCAUAAUUGAAUGUAAAAAAGCUGGUACAGAUGAGUGUUUAAAAAAUCCGUGUGGUGAAAAUACGCGAUGUCAAACAACCCGCGACGGCUUCGAAUGUCAUUGUGCUCCAGGUUGUGUCGGUGAUCCUUUUAAAGGAUGCGUGUGUGACCCGCAACUAAUCAAUUUGUGCAAAAAUAAACUUUGUGGUGUGAACGCGCAGUGUCGUAUCGUGAACCGCACUCCUCAAUGUUAUUGCCCUAAGACGCAUCCUUCUGGAGAUCCUACAAUUGAAUGUACUGUUGAAGAAGGAAAAGUAGACUGCCGAACAAAGGGUUGUGGUAAGAAUGCGGAAUGUAUUCGCGAACUGGCAUUCUUUGUCUGUAGAUGUUUGCCAGGAACGUCAGGUCAACCAGAUAUAGAAUGUACCAGGGAAUCGGAAUGUAACACAGACCUCGACUGUCCGGACGAAAAGGCUUGUAUCAACCUGCAAUGUAUUGAUCCCUGUAGCCUAAGAGGUGCCUGCGGCUUAAAUGCGCUCUGCAAGACAGUUCUCCAUAGACCAACAUGUUCCUGCCCACAAUGUUAUGUCGGGAUGGCCAACACAGCCUGUCAUCCAGAUCUCAAGUGCUUGAGCACCCAUCCAAGACCGGCGGAUAUUCAACCCUGUUCCAGAAACACCGAUUGUCCGAAAUACUUAGCUUGCAACCAACAGUCAGGAGAAUGUCACAAUCCUUGCGAAAGUUCAUCUUUUAAAUGCAAAGAGAACAAAAAAUGCGAAGUCCAUAACCAUCGCGUUAGCUGUGUUUGCAAAAAUGGAUUCACAGUAAACGAAAGAGGGGAGAUCGCCUGCGCUCCAGAUCAAAUCGAAUGUAUUAGAGACAAUGAUUGCUCACCGACGACAGCAUGUAUUCAACGAAAAUGCCAAAAUCCUUGCACAGCUUUGAAAACGCCACCAUGUUCAGCAGAUAAAUCCUGUGAUGUGAUGAAUCAUAAACCAAUUUGCAUAUGUCUUAAAAACUGCAGUCCAUCUUUGUCAAUAUGUUUGCGGGACAAUGGUUGUCCCCCAUCACUAGCAUGUAGAGGUUUUAAAUGCCAAGAUCCAUGUGUAACCGCAAGUUGUCCAAGCGAUUCCCCUUGCCAUGUAGAAGAUCACAAAGCCAUCUGCAAAUUCUGCCCACCAGGAUAUAGAUCUGACCCAAAGUUCGGAUGCCAGAAAGCAAAUUUGACCUGCACAACGGAAUUGGAUUGUACACAAACAGAAACCUGUAUUAGAGGUGAAUGCGUAGACAUUUGCAUAAACAAAUGCGGUAAAACCGCCAUUUGUAGGGCUCAAGCACAUAAGCCACUUUGUAUCUGCCCCAAAGGAUACAAAGGCGAUCCACUCAUUGAAUGUUUUCCAUCCCUUCCCGUAACAAUUCCAACCACAUUACCAAUGAACAUCACCAAAGGCACAACAAUUACGCCUAUGGUCACAAAAGUAUAUCCUGAUAUUGAAGCAAGAACAAAAUCAACAGUAGCUGGAGAUGAAAUAAUCACGGCCGCAAUAACAACUGUUUUACCUGAAACCACAAUCAUACCAACUACUGCCGAAGACAUAACAAUUACUCCAAUAGCAUACACUCCUGAACAUAUUUCGGAAACAACUACUACACAAAAGCUUAUGAUAGUAACACCAGAAAAAUCUACACAAACACUGACCGACAAUAUUACAACGACAGCAGAAUACGAUAAAACAAGUAAAUACGAGAGGACUACGUUAUCAAUAGGUAACGUAACAACUGAAACGGCAUUGGAAGUCGAAACAUCAACGAGAAAAGAAAUAUCACCAGGAAUUAGCACAGAAUAUCCGGCAACCUCAGUAAAAUCUGUAACAGUAACUUUACCAACUGGUGAAAUUGUAACAACAACACUACCAACUGAAACUCCAUAUGAGAAGGAAACGUCAACAUCAGCUGAAAUGACUCCAGGAGUUACUGCAGAGUAUCCAACGACUCCUACAUACCCAAAAACAACUAAAACUGUAACAGUUACUUUACCGACUGGUGAAGUUGUAACAAAAGAAGUGCCAACUGAAACACCAUAUGGGAAGGAAACACCAACGUUAGCUGAACUGACGCCUGGAGUUACUGCAGAGUAUCCAACGACUCCCGGAUACCCAAAAACAACUAAAAUUGUAACAGUUACUUUACCAACUGGUGAAGUUGUAACAAAACAAGUGCCCACUGAAACACCAUAUGAGAAGGAAACAACAACGUCAGCUGAAAUGACGCCAGAAGUUACUGCAGAGUAUCCUACUACUCCUGGAUACUUAAGAACAACUAAAAUUGUAACAGUUACUUUACCGACUGGUGAAGUUGUAACAAAACAAGUGCCCACGGAAACAUCAUAUGAGAAGGAAACAACAACGUCAGCUGAAAUGAUGCCCGGAGUUACUGCAGAGUAUCCUACGACACAUGGAUACCCACCAACAACUAAAGUUGUAACAGUUACUUUACCAACUGGUGAAGUUAUAACAAAACAAGUACCAACCGGAACACCAUAUCAGAAGGAAACAACGACGUCAGCUGAAAUGACGCCAGGAGUUACUGCAGAGUAUCCAACGACUCCUGGAUACCCAAAAACAACUAAAACUGUAACAGUUACUUUACCGACUGGUGAAGUUGUAACAAAACAAGUGCCCACUGAAACAUCAUAUGAGAAGGAAACAACAACGUCAGCUGAAAUGACGCCCGGAGUAACUGCAGAGUAUCCUACGACUCCCGGAUACCCAAUAACAACUAAAGUCGUAACAGGUACUUUACCAACUAGUGAAGUUAUAACAAAACAAGUACCAACCGGAACACCGUAUGAGAAGGAAACAACAACGUCAGCUGAAAUGACGCCAGGAGUUACUACAGAGUAUCCCACGACUCCUGGAUACACAAAAACAACUAAAACUGUAACAGUUACUUUACCAACUGGUGAAGUUGUAACAAAACAAGUGCCAACUGAAACACCAUAUGAGAAGGAAACAUCAACGUCAGUUGAAAUGACGCCAGGAGUUACUGUAGAGUAUCCUACGACACCCGGAUACCCAAAAACAACUGAAACUGUAACAUUUACUUUACCAACUGGUGAAAUUGUAACAAAACAAGUACCAACCGAAACACCAUAUGAAAAAGAAACAACAACAUCAGCUGAAAUGACGCCAGGAGUUACUGCAGAGUAUCCAACGACUCAUGGAUACACAAAAACAACUAAAACUGUAACAGUUACUUUACCAACUGGUGACGUUGUAACAAAACAAGUGCCAACUGAAACACCAUAUGAGAAGGAAACAUCAACGUCAGUUGAAAUGACGCCAGGAAUUACUGUAGAGUAUCCUACGACACCCGGAUACCCAAAAACAACUGAAACUGUAACAUUUACUUUACCAACUGGUGAAGUUGUAACAAAACAAGUACCAACUGAAGUGCCAUAUGAGAAAGAAAAAACAACGUCAGCUGAAAUGACGCCAGGAGUUACUGCAGAGUAUCCAACGACUCCUGGAUACCCAAAAGCAACUGAAACUGUAACAUUUACUUUACCAACUGGUGAAGUUGUAACAAAACAAGUACCAACUGAAGCGCCAUAUGAGAAAGAAAAAACAACGUCAGCUGAAAUGACGCCAGGAGUUACUGCAGAGUAUCCAACAACUCCUGGAUACACAAAAACAACUGAAACUGUAACAGUAACUUUACCAACUGGUGAAAUUGUAACAAAACAUGUACCAACCGAAACACCAUAUGAGAAGGAAACAACAACGUCAGCUGAAACGACGCCAGGAGUUACCGCAGAGUAUACAAUGACUCCUGGAUACCCAAAAACAACUAAAACUGUAACAGUUACUUUACCAACUGGUGAAGUUGUAACAAAACGUGUACCAACCGAAACACCAUAUGAGAAGGAAACAACAACGUCAGCUGAAAUGACGCCACGAGUUACCGCAGAGUAUACAAUGACUCCUGGAUACCCAAAACCAACUGAAACUGUAACAGUUACUUUACCAACUGGUGAAGUUGUAACAAAACAAUUGCCAACUGAAACACCAUAUGAGAAGGAAACAUCAACGUCAGUUGAAAUGACGCCAGGAGUUACUGCAGAGUAUCCUACGACUCCUGGAUACCCAAAAGCAACUGAAACUGUAACAUUUACUUUACCAACUGGUGAAGUUGUAACAAAACAAGUACCAACUGAAGCGCCAUAUGAGAAAGAAAAAACAACGUCAGUUGAAAUGACGCCAGGAGUUACUGCAGAGUAUCCAACGACUCCUGGAUACACAAAAACAACUAAAAUUGUAACAGUUACUUUACCAACUGGUGAAAUUGUAACAAAACAAGUACCAACCGAAACACCAUAUGAGAAGGAAACAUCAACGUCAGUUGAAAUGACGCCAGGAGUUACUGCAGAGUAUCCAACGACUCCUGAAUACCCAAAAACAACUAAAAUUGUAACAGUUUCUUUACCGACUGGUGAAGUUGUAACAAAACAAGUACCAACUGAAGCGCCAUAUGAGAAAGAAAGAACAACGUCAGCUGAAAGUACGCCAGGAGUUACUGCAGAGUAUCCAACGACUCCUGGAUACCCAAACGCAACUGAAACUGUAGCAUUUACUUUACCAACUGGUGAAGUUGUAACAAAACAAGUACCAACUGAAGCGCCAUAUGAGAAAGAAAAAACAACGUCAGCUGAAAUGACGCCAGGAGUUACUGCAGAGUAUCCAACGACUCCUGGAUACCCAAAAACAACUGAAACUGUAACAUUUACUUUACCAACUGGUGAAGUUGUAACAAAACAAGUACCAACUGACGCGCCAUAUGAGAAAGAAAAAACAACGUCAGCUGAAAUGACGCCAGGAAUUACUGCAGAGUAUCCAACGACUCCUGGAUACACAAAAACAACUGAAACAGUAACAGUAAUUUUACCAACUGGUGAAAUUGUAACAAAACAAGUACCAAGCGAAACACCAUAUGAGAAGGAAACAUCAACGUCAGUUGAAAUGACGCCAGGAGUUACUGCAGAGUAUCCUACGACUCCUGGAUACCCAAUAACAACUAAAAUUGUAACAGUUACUUUACCAACUGGUGAAGUUGUAACAAAACAAGUACCAACUGAAGCGCCAUAUGAGAAAGAAACAACAACGUCAGCUGAAAUGACGCCAGGAGUUACUGCAGAGUAUCCUACGACUCCUGGAUACCCAAUAACAACUAAAAUUGUAACAGUUACUUUACCAACUGGUGAAGUUGUAACAAAACAAGUACCAACUGAAGCGCCAUAUGAGAAAGAAACAACAACGUCAGCUGAAAUGACGCCAGGAGUUACUGCAGAGUAUCCUACGACUCCUGGAUACCCAAUAACAACUAAAAUUGUAACAGUUACUUUACCAACUGGUGAAGUUGUAACAAAACAAGUACCAACUGAAGCGCCAUAUGAGAAAGAAACAACAACGUCAGCUGAAAUGACGCCAGGAGUUACUGCAGAGUAUCCUACGACUCCUGGAUACCCAAUAACAACUAAAAUUGUAACAGUUACUUUACCAACUGGUGAAGUUGUAACAAAACAAGUACCAACUGAAGCGCCAUAUGAGAAAGAAACAACAACGUCAGCUGAAAUGACGCCAGGAGUUACUGCAGAGUAUCCUACGACUCCUGGAUACCCAAUAACAACUAAAAUUGUAACAGUUACUUUACCAACUGGUGAAGUUGUAACAAAACAAGUACCAACUGAAGCGCCAUAUGAGAAAGAAACAACAACGUCAGCUGAAAUGACGCCAGGAGUUACUGCAGAGUAUCCUACGACUCCUGGAUACCCAAUAACAACUAAAAUUGUAACAGUUACUUUACCAACUGGUGAAGUUGUAACAAAACAAGUACCAACUGAAGCGCCAUAUGAGAAAGAAACAACAACGUCAGCUGAAAUGACGCCAGGAGUUACUGCAGAGUAUCCUACGACUCCUGGAUACCCAAUAACAACUAAAAUUGUAACAGUUACUUUACCAACUGGUGAAGUUGUAACAAAACAAGUACCAACUGAAGCGCCAUAUGAGAAAGAAACAACAACGUCAGCUGAAAUGACGCCAGGAGUUACUGCAGAGUAUCCUACGACUCCUGGAUACCCAAUAACAACUAAAAUUGUAACAGUUACUUUACCAACUGGUGAAGUUGUAACAAAACAAGUACCAACUGAAGCGCCAUAUGAGAAAGAAACAACAACGUCAGCUGAAAUGACGACAGGAGUUACUGCAGAGUAUCCUACGACUCCUGGAUACCCAAUAACAAGUAAAAUUGUAACAGUUACUUUACCAACUGGUGAAGUUGUAACAAAACAAGUACCAACUGAAACGCCAUAUGAGAUAGAAACAACAACGUCAGCUGAAAUGACGCCAGGAGUUACUGCAGAGUAUCCAACGACUCCUGGAUACACAGAAACAACUAAAAUUGUAACAGUUACUUUACCGACUGGUGAAGUUGUAACAAAACAAGUGCUAACUGAAACGCCAUAUGAGAAGGAAACAAAAACGUCAGCUGAAAUGACGCCAGGAGUUACUGCAGAGUAUCCUACGACUCCUGGAUACCCAAUAACAACUAAAAUUGUAACAGUUACUUUACCAACUGGUGAAGUUGUAACAAAACAAGUACCAACUGAAGCGCCAUAUGAGAAAGAAACAACAACGUCAGCUGAAAUGACGCCAGGAGUUACUGCAGAGUAUCCUACGACUCCUGGAUACCCAAUAACAAGUAAAAUUGUAACAGUUACUUUACCAACUGGUGAAACUGUAACAAAACAAGUACCAACUGAAGCGCCAUAUGAGAAAGAAAAAACAACGUCAGGUGAAAUGACGCCAGGGGUUACUGCAGAGUAUCCUAUGACUCCUGGAUACCCAAAAACAACUAAAAUUGUAACAGUGACUUUACCAACUGGUGAAACUGUAACAAAACAAGUACCAACUGAAACGCCAUAUGAGAUAGAAACAACAAGGUCAGCUGAAAUGACGCCAGGAGUUACUGCAGAGUAUCCAGUGACUCCUGGAUACCCAAAAACAACUAAAACUGUAACAGUUACUUUACCUACUGGUGAAAUUGUAACAAAGCAAAUACCAACUGAACCGCCAUAUGUGAAAGAAACAACAAUGUCAGCUGAAAUGACGCCAGGAGUUACUGCAGAGUAUCCAACGACUCCUGGAUACACAAAAGCAACUGAAACUGUAACAGUAACUUUACCAACUGGUGAAAUUGUAACAAAACAAGUACCAACGGAAACACCAUAUGAGAAGGAAACAACAACGUCAGGUGAAAUGACUCCAGGGGUUACUGCGGAGUAUCCUACGACUCCUGGAUACCCAAAAACAACUAAAAUUGUAACAGUUACUUUACCGACUGGUGAAGUUGUAACUAAACAAGUGCCAACUGAAACGCCAUAUGAGGAAAGAACUUCAAUAGCAGCUGAAAUGACGCCAGGAGUUACUAUAGAGUAUCCAACGACUCCUGGAUACCCUAAAACAACCAAAAUGAUUACAGUUAGUUUACCAACUGGUAUGGAGGAUCUUGUGACCACAACACUAUCUACCACAGAAAAGGUAAUGACGGUCACUCCGAUGAACAUCUCUCAAUCUUCUGUUGUAAAUAUUACUGAAGAAGCAUCCACAACAUCUUUCAAAAUUGUAACAGUUACUCCUAUCUAUUCGUCGACAGAAACAACUGUACCGGAAAUAACAACACAAGAGCCGGAGACUACAUCUGAAGUGGUCGUUACUGUUACAGCCAUUAAAGAAUUAAUUAAUAUAACUGAAUCUACAUUAUCAUCUACAUUUUCAGUUAGUACGGAUAAUUACACUACGCCAAAAAGCGGAUUGGAGAAUGUAACAACUACUGAAACACCGUUCGCUUCGGUUAGCGUUGUAGAUGAAUUAGUAGGAAAAUCGACCAUAAAUACUACAGAAGAAGUAAUUGUCACUGAAUCAACAGUUUCUCCUUUAUAUACUACCUCAAUGUAUCUUCCUCCUACUGGAAGGACUAUGAGUGUUCCUCCUGACUAUGAAGUUGUUGAAACUAGCACAUUAGAGUUUGAUACAUCCGAAUUGGAAGGUGAUCUUUAUGGAUCUUGUGGUGAAGAUUCAGAUUGUAUCAAUAAUUCCACUUGUAUACAAAAUGUGUGCCUCGAUCCUUGUACAUUUUAUGAUCCUUGUCCAUCUCUUGUAAAUUGUUUUGUAAAAAACCAUCGGCCAAUGUGCUUAUGCCCAUCAGUUUCGAUGGAUACAGUUGAUUGCAAAAUAGAACCAGAUAUAACAUGCCAUUCGCAUUCGGAAUGUUCAACACAGCAAGCUUGCAUAUACGGUAAAUGUCAGAAUCCGUGCAUAGUUGCAAAUCCAUGCAGCCUUCAACAAGACUGUCAAAUUCAAGAUCAUCAGCCGGUUUGCGUUAAAGUAUGCCAGUGUCAAAGAGCGACUGAUUGUCCAGGAUAUGGUUAUAUUUGCGAUGGUUGUAACUGCGUCAGACCAACCAUUUCAACAUCACCCGGAGUUAAAACUGGGUGUGAACAUUGCCCACCUGGGGUCGCGUGUGACCCAACAACCGGAGCUUGCAUUAAGGAGACCAGCACAACACCAGCCACACUAACAGAAACACAAGCACCUAUAACUAAAGUACCUAUAACCACUAUAACAGUUAAUUACACCACAAUACAAAUGGAAGAAACAACGGCUACAAUCUCAGAUAACACCGAAUCAUCUCCAACUAUAACUGAAAUGGAAUAUACCAGUAAGCCGGUGCUACCAAAUAGAACAACAACAAGCACAACGCAAAUACCUGGUUUUGAGUUUACUAGUCCACCACUAACCACAGAAACAAUAAAAGAGGAAGUAGUAACUGUAAUAACAACACCAAAACAAUUUAGGACCGAUGAAGAAAUAACCACGAUAAAAUCGCCCGUUAUAACACCUGAACCAGAAAUUAAUGAGGUUCCACCUCUAGAAAUAACUUCUAGCACAUCAAAAACAACAACUGAAAGUACAUCUGAACCAUCUGAAAUUUUUACAAAGCCUGAAAAAGAAUUGACAAGUCCUACAACUGAGAAACCAUUCGAUUUAGUAAGCGAAAGAAACGCAACAACUUUACUUCCGGAAAAUACUACGCGUGCUACCACGGUUCUGAAAGCCGAAGUGACGAAAAUAACUUCUGAAGUUCCGGUUGUGACGGAAAUUCCUAGUUUUAGAACAACGCCAAAAGAAAUAACAACAGAAAUAUUUAGGGAAACAUCUCAAAAAAUAAGCACUCCAGAAGAGCCUGGAGUAACAUCGAAAGAGUUCGAGAAAAGUACUAGUCAAUUACCAGAGCAGAUGACCACUGUACAAGUUACUAACAUCGAAGGACUGGAAACAGUUACGCCAAAAAUUAUCACUUCUAAAGAACCUGAAGUUAUAAAAGGUACGACUGAAUUACCACAACAGAUGACUACUUUACAAGUAGCUACCACCGAAGGUAUACAAACGAUUACAGGAAAAACGAUCACUUCUGAAGAACCUAAAGUAGCAACUACAGAAGAAGUUAUAAAAGGUACGACUCAAUUGCCAAAACAGAUGACUACUUUACAAGUAACUACCAUAGAAGUACUGGAAACAGUUACACCAAAAAUCGUCACUUCUAAGGAACCUGAAGUAGCAGCUACGAAAGAAAUUAUAAAAGGUACGACUCAAUUGCCAGAACAGAUGACUACUUUACAAGUAGCUACCACUGAAGGUAUGGAAACGGUUACAGAAAAAACGAUCACUUCUGAAGAACCUAAAGUAGCAACUACGGAGGAAGUUAUAAAAGGUACGACUCAACUUCCAGAACAGAUGACUACUUUACAAGUAGCUACCACUGAAGGCAUGGAAAUUGUUACACGAAAAACGGUCACUUCUGAAGAACCUAAAGUAGCAACUACAGAGGAAGUUAUAAACGGUACUACUCAAUUUCCAGAACAGAUGACUACUUUACAAGUAACUACCAAAGAAGGACUGGAAACAUUUACACCAAAAAUCAUCACUUCUAAAGAACCUGAAGUAACAGCUACGAAAGAAGUUAUAGAAGGGACGACUCAAUUACCACAAGAAAUAACUACUUUACAAAUCCCUACAACAGAAGAAACGAAAACAGUUACAUCAGAAAUGUUAACAGAAAAAAUCGGAACAGUUGUGCCCGAAGCAAGAACUACAUUGGAAGGUAUGGAAAUAACACAACCAGUGUUCACUACGGUUAUAGAUAAAGAAAGCUCCCAGUUUCAAGAAAUUACUACAGCAUCUUAUCCAUCUUACGAAUCAUCACCAACUACAAAAAUUGAAGGUGUUACCGAUAAGACGAUACCAAUGCCAACUAUAGAAGCUGAAAUUAGCACGAUUUCUGAAAAAACCACUCUGUCAUCUAAACCAGGUACAAUAGAAGAAUUAGCAACUAGUGUACCGGUAACAGUAGUAACGCCUAAAGUUGUUACAGAAAUAACUGAAACUGCUUCUGAAGCAGAAAAGAUUACAGAAAGGUUAGUAACUACAGCAAUUAUAUCUGAAUCGUCAAUAUCGACAACAUCUACUGUUAAAGAAGAAGGAGUUACUCAACAUGUGGAAAAAACUACGUUAGAAAGUUCUACUAUGAAACAAGAGAAAGAUACAAAACCUUUUGAAACGACAACAACUUACGAGGCUAUAGCAACUGAACCCGGGGAGACUAAAAUAUCAUAUAAAACUACACUUAAAUCUUACACUGGUGCCGAAACAAAGACACCCACAAUCUCCGAAGAACUUACAAGCACAACACCUAAAUCGGAGCGAGAAACGGAAGAAAUACCAACCAGUUAUACAUCACGAACUCUAAUUACAACAGAAGGACUUCAAGAAACGAUUAUUCCCAAAGAAACAGAACUGGUUAUAGAAAGUACUACGUCAGCACCAACCAAAAUCACUGAAAAAACAAUAACAUCUACAGUUUCUGGAGAGGUUACAACUCCUCUACCUAGAGAAGAUCAAGGAACUGAAAAGACUCCAACUGGUUAUACAUCAAAAACAGUAAUUACAACCGAAGCACAACAACCUACAACUAUUCCAAAAGAAACUAAACAGAUAAUCGAAAGUACCACUUCAGCUAUAGAAAAACUAACCACACAAACAGAAAUAGGUGCCGAAACAACAACACUAACACACACAGUUGAAUUUUCAACGGAACCAACACAACUAACAACCGCAGAAAUAGAAACUAGUAGAAACAUUACCGAGGUUGACACUAACAUAACUAAAGGAAGGUGUGAAUUUGAUCGCGAUUGUAAUCCGUACGAGGCAUGCUUAAGUAAUAUUUGCACUAACCCUUGCACUGAAAAGGGAAUAUGUGCGUCAAAUGCGAUCUGUACUGUACAUAAUCACGCAGCAAUAUGUAUGUGUCCGGAGGGAUAUAGUGGAGAUCCGAAAACGAAUUGUUUGCAAGAACCCCCACAGUCGAAAUUACAUAAGUGUACAUCAGACUUCGAUUGUUUGGAAAGCGAGGCUUGCUACAUGUCCUGGUGCCAGAACGCGUGCGAAAUACCAAACAUCUGUGCAGAAACGGCCAAGUGCCAAACGAAAAUGCACAGACCUAUAUGCACCUGUCCAAUUGGAUACGAAGGAAACCCGGCCAUCAAAUGUUUUAAGCCUCAUCCAAUUGGUUGCACGUCAAACGAAGACUGCCCGCUUACGGAAGCGUGUAUCGGAGGAGCUUGUCAAAGACCGUGCGAUAUUCACGAUCCUUGCACACAACAUGCCGUAUGUAUCAACACCAACCACGGAUCGGAUUGUAGCUGCGUUGAAGGUUAUCAAGGAAACGGUUAUGUUGGAUGCGUUCCAGUAUUGGAAGGUCCACCAGUUUGCCAAUACAACGAAGACUGCCCACCAGAUAAACUAUGUGAUCGACUCAAUAGAAGAUGUAUAAAUCCAUGCUUUGAAGAUUCUUGCGGUGAAAAUGCAGAUUGUAUACCGAAAAAUCAUGGAACAGACUGUCAAUGCCUUCCAGGGUUCAUAGGAAACCCAUACAUUCUUUGUAAUAGAGUUCAAGGAUGCAGAAGUGACAAAGAAUGUUCUUCCUCAGAAGCAUGCAUUGCGGGAAAAUGUAGAUCUCCCUGUAAAUGCGGAAUCAAUGCAAAUUGCGAAGUUCAUAACCACAAAUAUACCUGUAAAUGUCCACCGGGUUAUACAGGAAUCGCUUCCAUAGAAUGCCACCCUCCGUCAAAUCCCUGCGAUCCAAAUCCUUGUGGAUUAAACGCUCUUUGCGAACUUGAUAACGGAGUAGGACCGAUAUGUUAUUGUCCAAAAGGAUUAACAGGAAAUCCAUUUAAAAGUUGCAUACCCGAAGGUGAUGAAUGCACUCCAAAUCCUUGUGGUCCAAACACGGGAUGUCGCGUCGUAGCAGGUAAAGCAAUUUGCUUCUGUUUACCAGAAUUUGAAGGAUCUCCACCACAUACACCAUGCACUUUACCAAUUCAUCCGUGCGAUCCAUCACCAUGUGGUCCAAACACACAAUGCACUGUUCUCGGAAAUGGAUUUGCCAAGUGUACAUGUCUAAAUGGUUACAUAGAAGAUAUAAACACGAUUAGAGGAUGUAGAGAACCAAUUAAUCCUUGUCAACCGAACCCUUGUGGCGAAAACGCCAUAUGUGAUCCACAAAGACAACCAGUAUGUUAUUGCCCAGAAGGAACCGUCGGCAACGCUUUUCGAGUUUGUACAGCACCACCAGCAACAAGAUGUCAACCCGGACCAUGCGGAAUGAAUGCUGAUUGUUAUGUAGCGACUAAUAACCAAGAACAAUGUUUCUGUAAACCUGGAUACAUCGGAGAUCCCUACUCAGGCUGUCGCCCAAAACCACCAAGUCCAUGUCUACCAAAUCCUUGCAGUCCUGGAGCUAUAUGUAUCGUUUCACCAAAUGGCCAAUCUCUUUGUCAAUGUCCACCAGGAUUUGGAGGUGACCCGACUGGACCAGAAGGAUGUCACGGUUUUGAAUGUUUAGAUGAUGAUGAUUGUUCGGAUAAGCAAGCUUGUAUGGCUCACAGAUGUCGCGAUCCUUGUCCAGGUGCAUGCGGAAUAAACGCAAAUUGUAGAUCAGAAAAACACCAUCCAGUUUGUACUUGUAAUCCUGGAUUUACCGGCAAUCCUGUUAUCAGGUGCUCACCAAUACCGAAACCAUUACCACCACAAAGCCCUUGUCUGCCUAGUCCUUGCGGAUUGAACACUAUUUGUAAAGUUAUGGGAAAUAGAGCUGUUUGUUCUUGUAUAUCUGACUUUACUGGAGAUCCUCAGUUUGGUUGUCGACCAGAAUGUGUUACAAACUCUGAUUGUUCAUCUGAUAGAACCUGUAUUAAUCGACAUUGUAUUAGUCCAUGUACCACGGGAAAUCUUUGUGGUUUGAACGCGGAAUGUAUGGUAGAACAUCACACCCCUACAUGUCAAUGCCGACAAGGAUUCUAUGGCAACGCAUUUAUACAAUGUCUUCCAAAGCCGAUAUAUGAUGUGCCCCAAAUAAAUAUUUCAAGACCAUGUUCACCAUCACCGUGCGGUCCGGCAGAAGUAUGCACUGCCUAUGAUGGCCAAAUGGCCAUUUGCGAUCCUUGCUUAACACCAAAUGCAAUCUACGAUCCAAAAUGUCGCCCAGAAUGCUUAUUAAAUGCUGACUGUCCUUUCGAUAAGGCCUGCAUCGGACAGACUUGUUUAGAUCCUUGCUUAGGCUCCUGCGGAUUUAGAGCAAUUUGCACCGUAGUAAAUCAUACACCAGUUUGUGCAUGUCCAGCUCAUUUACGAGGAAACCCAUUCGAACAAUGCGUAGAAAUGCCGCAAGAAAAACCAAUGGUAAAGGAAACUUGUGAAAAUGUUAGAUGUGGAGCAAACGCGAUAUGUAGAGAAGAAAACAGUGCUCUAAACUGCGCGUGUAAACCAGGGUUCUAUGGAAAUCCUUGGGUAGUAUGUAGGCCAGUAUGUGUAAUCGAUCCUGAUUGUCCGCAAACUCAAGCUUGUGUAAAUAAUAAGUGCGUAGAUCCUUGUAUAGCCGUUUGUGGAGUUAACGCCCAAUGUAAACCAGUUCACCAUUCUCCAAUAUGUUACUGCCCAGAAGGAUAUACCGGCGAUGCCUUUGUUUCUUGUUAUCCGGAUACUGUUGCAAAAAUACCACCUACAGGUAUCAAUCCAUGCGAUCCAUCACCUUGUGGACCUUUUAGCAGAUGUUUAAUAUCAUCACAAGGAUACCCAACAUGUUCAUGUUUACCGACAUUUAAAGGAACUCCUCCUGCCUGUAGACCAGAAUGCGUGGUAAGCUCAGAAUGCCCUCAAAAUAAAGGCUGUGUGAACCAAAAAUGCGUCGAUCCUUGCCCUGGAACCUGUGGAAAUAAUGCCAUAUGCUCUGUGAUAAAUCAUAAUCCAAUUUGUUAUUGUCGAAAUGGCUUCCAAGGAGAUCCCUUUAUUAGUUGUGUAGCAAUUGGGCUUCCUUCGCCAGUACCAGAACCAAGAAAUCCAUGUGACGCAGCUAUAUCACCAUGCGGACCUAAUUCAAUAUGUCUUGUUAAGGAAGACCGGCCAGUUUGUUCAUGUAUUGCAAAUUAUAUUGGUACACCACCCCAUUGCAGACCAGAAUGUGUAAGAAGCAGCGAAUGUGCCAAAACUAAAGCAUGUGUUCAAGAAAAAUGCAUAGAUCCAUGCAUUGGAGCCUGUGGAAGAAAUGCUGAAUGUAAUAUCAUCAACCAUCGAGCUUUCUGUACUUGUAGCCGUGGUUUCGAAGGAGACGCUUUCGUUGGAUGUACGAAAACAAUCGAUAGAAUGGAAACUCUCUGCAAUCCAAGUCCAUGUGGUCAAAAUACGAUGUGUACAGUUGAAAAUAACCGACCUGUUUGUAAAUGUAUCCCGCCGUACAUAGGAAAUCCAUACACUGGCGGCUGCAAACCUGAAUGUAUAUCAAACGCAGAAUGUCCAAGUCACGAAUCGUGUCUUAACAAUUACUGUAGGAAUCCAUGUGAGGGUCUAUGCGGAGUUAACACAGAAUGUCGCGUAGUCAACCAUAAUCCACAAUGUAACUGCUUCCCUGGUUUUAUUGGAAAUCCAUACACUUCGUGUAGGCAAGAAGAACAUCCAGAAGACGAAAAUCCCUGUCAACCAUCACCGUGUGGUCCAAACAGCAAUUGCCGAAUUUCAAAUGGGCACCCCAUCUGUUCAUGUUCAGUUGGUUUCUAUGGAGUACCACCCAGAUGUCGACCUGAAUGCGUUAUUACUUCAGAAUGUUCAAAUGACAAAGAAUGUAUAAACCAAAAAUGUCAAGAUCCAUGUCCUGGAACUUGCGGUCUCGACGCUAGAUGUGAAGUAAUCAACCAUUCGCCAAUUUGUUCUUGCCCACCUAGGUACACCGGCGAUCCUUUUAUACAAUGUAUCAAAGAAGAAUCUCGAACACCAACACCACCAACUACAUCUCCGUGUAUCCCAUCGCCGUGUGGACUCAACGCGGAAUGUAGAGUACUCGAAGAUAGGCCAGUUUGUUCGUGUCUACCAGGACUUCUAGGAGCACCACCUAACUGUAGACCUGAAUGUGUAAUCAAUCAAGAUUGCCCACCUAAUUUAUCCUGUAUCAACAAAAAGUGUCAAAACCCUUGCGACGGAUCAUGUGGAAUAAAUGCUCAAUGCACGGUUUUAAACCACAAAUCUGUUUGUUUGUGUCUUGAAGGAUUCGAAGGAGAUCCCUUCAGCGGCUGCCGUCAAAUGCAAGUCAUAGACAUUCCUAAGAACCCUUGUCACCCAUCGCCAUGCGGAGCAAAUGCUAUUUGCAAAGACAACAAUGGUUAUGGCUCGUGUACAUGCUUGCCGGAAUAUUUUGGCGACCCAUACGUUAAUUGUCGCCCCGAAUGCAUCGUAAACGACGAUUGUCCGCUUGAUAAGGCAUGUUUCAAUAAGAAAUGCAAAGACCCUUGUCCGGGCACAUGCGGAGUCAAUGCCCAUUGUAGUGUGAUUAAACACAACCCUAUUUGUACGUGUCCAACCGGUUUCGAAGGAAAUGCCUUAAACUACUGUACUGAAAUCCGUAAAAUAAAUGUAGAACCUAGAGAUCCAUGUAGACCUUCCCCAUGUGGUUUAUACUCUAUAUGCCGCGUACAGGAAAGUAGACCAGUUUGUUCGUGUGCACCAGGUUAUCAAGGUGCCCCACCAAUGUGCAGGCCAGAAUGCGUAAUUAAUUCAGAGUGUGCAUUAAAUAAAGCCUGUUCAAAUCAAAUAUGUAUUGACCCAUGUCCUGGUACUUGCGGGUACAAUGCUCUUUGUAGAGUUGUUAAUCAUAUACCAAUAUGUAGUUGCCAAUCAGGUUAUACAGGUGAUCCUUUCACACAAUGUAUUUUAGCUCCAAAACCAUUACCAGAUAUAAUCAGGCCUUGUACUCCAAGUCCUUGUGGCCCAUAUUCAGAUUGUAGAGAAAUCGAUAAUAGAGCUGUAUGCUCUUGUAAAACAAAUUAUUUUGGCCAACCACCUAAUUGCAGACCUGAAUGUGUAAUAAAUACGGAAUGUUCACUAUCACUGGCAUGUGUACAUCAAAAAUGCGUUGAUCCAUGCCCUGGAUCUUGUGGCUCAAAUUCACAGUGCAAAGUUGUGAAUCAUACUCCUGUAUGUUAUUGUCUCAAUGGUUUCACCGGAGAUGCCUUCUCUGGUUGUUUCGAAAUUCCUAAAGUUGAAGAGCCUGUUAAUCCAUGUAAUCCAUCGCCUUGUGGAAUAAAUGCAGUAUGCACUGAACGAAACGGAGCUGCGUCAUGUGUGUGCUUACCAGAAUAUUACGGGGAUCCGUAUCUAAGCUGUAGACCAGAAUGUGUUAUGAAUACGGACUGCUCUAGACACCUGGUUUGUGUAAAUAAUAAAUGCAAAGACCCAUGUCCUGGUACAUGUGGUGUAAAUGCGGAAUGCCGCACUAUAAAUCAUGUCCCAACCUGCUCAUGUCUACCAGGUUUCACAGGAAAUCCACAAAGAUCUUGUCACGCUAUUCCUCCACCUCCAACAUAUUUACCACCAGCGGAUCCUUGUGUACCGUCACCGUGCGGUCCUUAUAGUCAAUGUAGAAAAAUUAAUAACAAUGCGGUAUGUUCGUGUCUACAAAACUACGUGGGUGUUCCACCAAAUUGUAGACCAGAAUGUAUGAUAAGUGCAGACUGCGUACAAAGUAAAGCCUGUAUAAAUAAUAAAUGUCAAGAUCCGUGCCCCGGAACAUGCGGAAUAAAUGCCGAAUGUCGUGCGGUAAAUCACAAUCCUAUUUGUAGUUGUCCUGGACGUUUUAUUGGUGAUCCAUUUGUAAGAUGUUUGGAGGAGAGACUACCACCUUCUCCACCUAUAAAUCCAUGCGAACCCACACCUUGUGGAUUAAAUUCGAACUGUCAAGUAAUAAGAGAUCGACCUGUAUGUUCUUGUCUACCUAACUUUAUUGGUCGUCCACCCAUGUGCAGACCUGAAUGCACUAUAAACGCAGAAUGUCCUGGAAAUUUGGCAUGUAUUAAUGAAAGAUGUAAAGAUCCUUGCCCUGGAUCUUGUGGUAUAUUCACAUCCUGUAUGGUUACAAACCAUUCCCCAAGAUGCCACUGUGAUCCUGGUUAUACAGGAGAUCCUUUCGCAGGGUGUUCACCUGUGCCGAUUGUCCCACCUAGUGAAGAACCACCACAUCCAUGUAAUCCAUCUCCAUGCGGCGCCAAUGCAAUUUGUAAAGAACAAAACUCAGCGGGCUCUUGUAGUUGUUUGCCUGAGUAUUUCGGCGACCCUUACACAGGAUGUAAACCAGAAUGUGUGAUAAAUUCCGAUUGCCCAUUAGAUAAAGCGUGUGUCAAUAAUAAAUGUAAAAACCCAUGUCCUGGAACAUGCGGCGUUAAUGCCGAAUGUACGAUUUCGAAUCACGCACCAUUCUGUUUCUGUUUUGAUGGUUACCGAGGAGAUCCAAUGAUAGCUUGCCAUUUAAUACCUGUUGAAGAAGACACUGACCCAUGCCAACCAAAUCCAUGUGGCGCUUACAGCAUUUGUAGGACCGUAAAUAAUCACGCUGUAUGUUCUUGCCAGGAAAAUUAUAUUGGUGCAGCACCAAAUUGUCGUCCAGAAUGUAUGAUAAGUGCGGAAUGUCCGCUAAAUCAAGCUUGUCUCAACAUGAAAUGUAGAAAUCCCUGUGUUGGCAACUGCGGAAUUAACGCCAAUUGUCACGUAGUUAAUCACAAUCCAAUUUGCAGUUGUAUUCCUAAUCACACCGGCGAUCCAUUCGUACGAUGUAUUCUAGAAGAAAAACGUGUAGAAUUGCCACCUGAAAAUCCAUGUGAACCAUCACCUUGCGGUCCUAAUUCGCAAUGUCGCGCUAUAGGCAGCACUCCAGCAUGUUCUUGUUUAACUAAUUAUAUUGGUAGACCUCCAAAUUGUAGACCAGAAUGUACAAUCAGUCCUGAAUGUCCAAGCAAUCAGGCUUGCAUUAAUGAAAGAUGCAUAGAUCCUUGUCCUGGCUCAUGCGGCCCAAAUGCUGAAUGUACUGUUUUAAAUCAUAAAUCAGUUUGUUCUUGCAUUCCCGGAUAUACAGGCGAUCCCUUUGGCGGGUGUACACAAAUACCAUUAGCCCUUCCUACUGAACAACCACCAAAUCCAUGUAAUCCCUCGCCAUGCGGAUCAAAUGCUAUCUGUAAAGAACGAAAUGGCGCAGGAUCGUGUAUAUGUUUACCAGAAUACUUUGGAGAUCCUUAUUCAGGAUGUCGCCCAGAAUGUGUUACAAACUCAGAUUGUCCUUCAGAUAAAGCAUGCACAAAUAAUAAAUGUCGAAACCCUUGCCCAGGUGUUUGUGGACUAAAUGCUGAAUGCUUAGUUAGGAAUCAUAAUCCAACAUGUUUAUGCGUUCCUGGAUACACUGGAAAUCCAUUAAUAGGUUGCCAUUUACCACCACCAAUUACUGAACUGCCUGAUGUAAACCCAUGUGUACCAUCCCCCUGCGGACCUUAUAGUCAAUGUAAAGAAAUAAAUGGACACGCAGUGUGUUCAUGUUUAAAAGAUUACGUAGGAAAUCCACCAUCAUGCAAACCAGAAUGUAUGGUCAGUGCAGACUGUCUUCAAAACAAGGCUUGUAUUAAAAAUAAAUGCCGAGAUCCUUGCCCAGGUACCUGCGGAGUUAACGCUCGUUGCUCCGUUGUAAACCAUAAUCCAAUAUGUAGCUGUUCUCCUGGAUACACGGGAGAUCCAUUUGUACGUUGCCUUCCUCAACAAAUUCGUGUUCCUACACCUACAGAAGACCCUUGCGUUCCUACACCCUGCGGACCAAACUCUCAAUGUAGAGUUGUUGCAGAACAACCAGCUUGUUCAUGCUUAGCUAAUUAUAUAGGCCGUCCGCCAAAUUGUAGACCGGAAUGUAAAAUAAACGCCGACUGUCCCUCAAACUUAUCAUGUAAUAAUGCAAGAUGCGUUGAUCCUUGUCCUGGAUCUUGUGGACGGUACGCUACUUGUUCAGUAAUAAAACAUUCGCCAGUUUGCCAAUGUACGUCAGGAUAUACAGGCGACCCAUUUUCUGGAUGUAGCCAAAUACCACCUUCUCUACCUACUGAAGGACCAAGAAAUCCUUGUACGCCAUCUCCGUGUGGUGCUAAUGCCAUUUGCAAAGAACAAAAUGGUGCAGGUUCUUGUACCUGUUUACCUGAGUAUUUUGGUGAUCCUUACACCGGUUGUAAACCCGAAUGCGUAACUAACACUGAUUGCGAAAGAACAAAAUCCUGUGUUAACAAUAAAUGUAGAGAUCCAUGUCCUGGAACGUGUGGAAUAAAUGCCGAAUGUUUAGUUUUGAAUCACGCACCAAGUUGUUCUUGCAUAAUUGGCUAUACCGGGGAUCCUUUAAGAGAAUGCCACUUUAUCCCACCAACAACAGAAAAGCCACCUAGCAAUCCAUGUCAACCUUCACCUUGCGGACCUUAUAGCCAAUGUAGAGAAAUAAACGGGCAUGCUGUUUGUACAUGUAAUCAAGGAUACAUUGGCGCACCACCUGCAUGCAAACCAGAAUGUUUAGUACAUUCCGAAUGCGCCCAAAAUAAAGCAUGCAAAAACUUAAAAUGUAUAGAUCCUUGCCCUGGAACGUGUGGAAUAAACGCAAACUGCCAAGUUAUAAAUCAUAAUCCUAUUUGUUCAUGUAGUCCACAAUUCUCUGGAGAUCCUUUCAUACGUUGUUUACCAGCAGAACCUGUUCCAAAUGAAAAUCCUUGCCAACCAUCACCUUGCGGGCCGAACUCUCAAUGCAGAGUGAUCGGCGAGCAAGCGGCGUGUUCCUGUUUACCAAACUAUAUUGGUAGAACACCAAAUUGUCGACCUGAAUGUAUAACAGACUCCGAAUGUCCCAACAACCUUGCUUGCCAAAAUGAGCGCUGCAAAAAUCCAUGUUCAGGAAUCUGCGGCGCAAACGCCUUAUGCACAGUCGUAAAUCAUAAACCCAUGUGCUCAUGCCUUUCUGGAUAUGUCGGCGACGCUCGGUCAGAGUGUCGAUUGCUUCCGCCAUCUACAACUCCAACACCAGAACUGUUAUCACCAUGCAUUCCAAAUCCAUGCGGACCAAAUGCUCAAUGUAGAGAGAAUAAACAAGCUGCUGCUUGUUACUGUAACACCGGAUUCGAAGGAAAUCCAUACGAUACUCAACGAGGAUGUAGACGAGAAUGUGAAAAUAACGAUGACUGUAACACCCAUUUAGCUUGCGUUAACUUUAAAUGCGUCGACCCUUGCCCUGGAAUAUGCGGAUUAUAUGCUGAGUGUAGGGUUGAAAGCCACAUUCCAAAAUGUUUCUGUCAGCAAGGUUACACAGGAAAUGCAUUUGUAGAAUGUAGACAAAUUUUGAUGCCGCCGCCCGUACCUAAAGAUCCUUGCUCUCCAACACCAUGCGGACCAAACAGUCAGUGCAGAAAUAUCAAUAAUCAAGCAGUGUGUUCUUGUUUACCUAAUUAUAUGGGCACACCCCCUCAAUGUCAUCCAGAAUGCGUAGUAAACGCAGAAUGUUCGCCUGAUAAAGCAUGCAUUAAUCAAAAAUGUGCUGAUCCUUGUCCAAAUACUUGUGGUUUGAUAGCGCAAUGUUACGUCAAGAACCACAGUCCUAUCUGUGCAUGUCCACCUGGUUUCACUGGCGAUCCCUUUACCAGAUGUUCGCCGCAACCUCCGCCAGAACCUACAACAACAGAAAAACCUCCAUCGUGUUUCCCUUCACCAUGUGGACCAAAUGCGCAAUGUCAAAUGAGAAAUGGUUUUCCAUCUUGUUCUUGUUUACCAUCGUUCGUCGGAUCUCCACCAACUUGUCGCCCUGAAUGUAUCAUCAAUUCCGAAUGCAGCAGUUCAUUAGCAUGUAUCCAACAGAAAUGUAAGAAUCCUUGCGAAGGAUCUUGUGGAUAUAACGCCAAUUGUCAUGUUUUGAACCAUUUACCAAUAUGCACGUGCGAACAUGGUUUCACUGGAGAUCCUUUUACUCAAUGCUCGCAAAUCCUUAUUGAAAAAGUACCGGAAGAUCCAUGUGCUAACUCACCUUGCGGACCAAAUGCCAAGUGUGAUAACGGAGCUUGCACUUGCUUGCCAGAAUUCUUUGGAAAUCCUUAUGAGUCUUGCAGACCCGAAUGUGUUUUGAGUAACGAAUGUAGUAGAGAUAAGGCGUGUACCCGAAAUAAGUGUAUUGAUCCAUGUCCUGGAACUUGUGGCUUAAACGCUCGAUGCGAUGUAAUUAAUCAUAUUCCAACUUGUUCUUGUCCGGAAGGAAUGACAGGCGAUCCAUUUUCUAAUUGCCGUGUAAUCGAAAAGCAAGAGGCACCGCCAUCAGAACCUUGUAAUCCAUCACCGUGCGGACCAAACAGUAUUUGUAGAGCCAUUAAUGACCACGCCACUUGCUCUUGUAUACAAGGAUUCACCGGAAGUCCACCAAACUGUAAACCAGAAUGUAUCAUCAGUUCCGAAUGUGCACUCACGCAAGCCUGCGUAAAUCAAAAAUGUGUAAAUCCUUGUGCUGGUACCUGUGGCUUAGAAGCUAGAUGUGAAGUAAUUAAUCAUAGCCCAAUCUGCAGUUGUCCAGAAUCUUUAACAGGUGAUCCCUUCCAACGGUGCUAUCCAAUACCGGCACCUCCGCCAAUAGAAGAACCUCAAGAUCCUUGCAGACCAUCGCCGUGUGGACCAAACGCAUUGUGCAGAAAUGUGGGUGGAAGAGCACAAUGCGACUGCCUAGCAGACUAUAUUGGUCAAGCUCCUAACUGUAGACCAGAAUGCGUUAUCAAUCCCGAUUGUCCGAGCACGAAAGCUUGUAUUGGCAAGAAAUGUAAAGAUCCAUGUGUUGGAAGCUGUGGUCAAAACACAGAGUGUCAUAUUAUAUCUCAUACCGUUUCUUGUUCAUGUCUUUUUGGCUACACUGGAGAUCCAUUUACUCAAUGUAUACCGAUCACAAGACCAGAACCAAAUCCAUGUGAACCAUCGCCGUGUGGUGCUAACGCUGUAUGCAAGGAACGUAACAACGCUGGAAGUUGUGUUUGUUUAGAUGAAUAUCACGGAAAUCCAUACGAAGGAUGUAGACCAGAAUGUGCCAUAAAUUCAGAUUGUGAAAAAACGAAGGCGUGUGUAAGAAAUAAAUGCGUCGAUCCUUGCCCGGGAAUUUGCGGACAGUUCGCCGAAUGUCAAAUUAUAAAUCAUAUACCUACAUGUAAUUGCAUAAAAGGAUAUAUCGGAGAUCCAUUUGCCGGAUGUCGAAUAGAACCAGUUAAACAUGAAGAACCAAUGAAUCCAUGCUUCCCAUCGCCUUGUGGACCAAACAGCAUUUGCAGAAACGUCAACAAUCGAGCUGUUUGUUCCUGCGAAAAAGAAUACGUUGGAGCACCUCCAAACUGUAGACCAGAAUGUGUAGUUAGUUCAGAAUGUCCAUCAAACAAAGCAUGUUAUAAGUUCAAAUGUUCAAACCCAUGUAAUGGAGCUUGUGGGAUCGGAGCUAAAUGUGAAGUUAUUAACCACAAUCCACUAUGCAGCUGUCCAAUUGGCUUAACUGGAGACCCGUUCACCAGAUGCGUUGAGCAACCACCUGUUAUUAAAACACCUGAAGUACCACUAAAUCCAUGCUAUCCAUCACCGUGUGGUCCAAACGCAGAAUGUCGACAAUUCAACGAUCAGCCGUCAUGUUCUUGUAAUCCAGGUUACAUUGGCUCCCCGCCAAAUUGUAGACCUGAAUGUGUUGUGAAUACUGAUUGCCCAUCUGACAAAGCUUGUAUCUCAGAAAAAUGUAGAGAUCCAUGUUCUGGAUCUUGUGGAUUUAAUGCUGAAUGCCGAGUUCAUAAUCACAUUCCAAUUUGUACGUGUAUUAGUGGUUUUGUUGGAGAUCCUUUUACGCAAUGCACAAGGAAAAUAGAAGAGCCAGUUACAAAACGACCAAGUGAUCCAUGCGAGAAACAACCAUGUGGACCAAACGCAAAAUGUAAUAAUGGAAUUUGUAGCUGUUUACCUGAAUAUUUCGGCGAUCCAUAUCGAGGAUGUAGACCUGAAUGUACAAUGAAUACUGAUUGUUCUCCAAUGAAAGCGUGUUCAAACCUAAAAUGUAUUGAUCCUUGUAUAGGAACAUGUGGCACAAACGCCAAAUGUGAUGUGGUAAACCACAUCCCUAUGUGUAGCUGUCUUCCAAGCUACGAAGGUGAUCCAUUUACAACCUGCAGACAUGUCGAGCAUAAACCCCCAGUUAACCCUUGUAAUCCUUCUCCAUGUGGAGCAAACAGUAUUUGCAAAAUCAUUAAUGAAGUAGCAGUUUGUUCUUGUCAACCUGGACAAAUCGGUAGCCCACCUUCAUGUCGCCCAGAAUGUAUUAUCAGCGCAGAAUGUCCGCUAACUCAAGCUUGCCUAAACAAUAAAUGUUCUGAUCCAUGUCCCGGCACAUGCGGUGUUAACGCGAAGUGUCAAGUUAUCAAUCAUAAUCCAAUUUGUACUUGUAUGGCUGACCAAACUGGAGAUCCUUUCACCAGAUGUUACCCAAUUCAAAAGGAACCACCACCAGUAAUCAACCCUUGUGAACCAUCACCGUGUGGGCCAAAUUCCGUCUGUCAAGUUCGCGGCGAAAAUCCUGCGUGUUCGUGUUUACCAAAUUAUGUCGGUUCUCCUCCAAACUGUCGUCCGGAAUGUGUUAUAAACCCUGAAUGCGCAUCAAACCGCGCGUGUGUUCAUCAAAAGUGCCGAGAUCCGUGUCCGGGUUCAUGUGGACCAUCUGCAACGUGUGCGGUAAUAAAUCACAAUCCUGUAUGUACUUGCAUAACAGGCUACACUGGAGAUCCAUUUGUUGGUUGCGUUGAAGCGCGAGUACCACUAGUCCCUGAAAUUCUGAACCCUUGUAUGCCAUCGCCAUGCGGUGCCAACGCAAUUUGCAGAGUGCAAAAUAACGCUGGUAGCUGUACCUGUAGCCCCGAUUAUAUCGGCAACCCAUACGAAGGUUGUAGACCCGAAUGUGUUCACAACACUGACUGCCCAUCCACAAAAUCUUGCAUUCGGAAUAAGUGUCAAAAUCCCUGCCCAGGCACGUGUGGUCAAAAUGCAGAAUGUAGAGUUAUUAGCCACAUUCCUUCAUGUACUUGUAUCACUGGAUUUACAGGAGACCCAUAUCGAUUUUGUAACGUCAUACAACGAGACCCUAUUAAACAAGAACCAUCUCAGCCUUGUCAACCGUCACCCUGUGGACCCAAUAGUCAAUGUAAAGAUGUUAAUGGACAUGCUGUUUGUUCGUGUCUACCUAAUUACACCGGAGCCCCACCAUCAUGUAGACCAGAAUGUACCAUGAGCACGGAAUGUCCGUUUGACAAAGCAUGUGUUCGUCAUAAAUGUAUUGACCCUUGCCCUGGAUCUUGUGGAAUACAAGCUUAUUGUAAUGUCAUAAAUCAUAGUCCUAUAUGCUCUUGCAGACCCGGAUACACCGGUGACCCAUUCAUUAGAUGUAUGCACAUACCACCUCCUCCGCCAAAAUACGAAGAACAAAUCCUUGACCCCUGUAUACCAUCACCAUGUGGACCUUAUUCAGAAUGUAGAAAUAUUCAAAAUAGUCCAUCAUGCUCUUGCAAUGUAGGAUACCUAGGAAUACCACCGAACUGUAGACCUGAGUGUACCAUAAAUUCUGAAUGUACCAGUAUACUAGCCUGUAUAAAACAAAAAUGUUCCGAUCCUUGUCAAGGAUCUUGUGGAGUCAAUGCACUUUGUACUGUUAUAAACCAUAUUCCUAUAUGUAGUUGCUCAGAAGGUUUCACAGGAGAUCCAUUUAGUAAUUGUAUUCCUAAACCACCAGAACUACCGCCUAAACCAAACGACCCCUGUAGUCCAAACCCCUGUGGAUCUAAUGCCAGGUGUAACAAUGGAAUAUGUUCAUGUUUACCUGAAUUCCAAGGUGAUCCAUAUCAAGGAUGCAGACCGGAAUGUGUCCUUAAUAACGACUGUCCUUUAACUAAAGCUUGUAUUAAAAAUAAGUGUGUUGAUCCUUGCCCAGGAACUUGCGGUCAAAAUGCUGAUUGCAAUGUUGUUACCCAUGUUCCAAUGUGUACUUGCCCUACAGGUUUUGCUGGAAAUGCGUUUAUAUCGUGCAGACCAAUAGAAAAACCAACAAUACAACGACCAUGUUUGCCUUCACCAUGUGGACCUAACAGUCAAUGUAGAGAAUUUAAUAAUCAAGCAGUUUGCUCCUGCUUGGUCGGGUAUAUCGGUAGUCCACCAUCAUGUAGACCAGAAUGUAUAACAAGCUCGGAAUGUUCGUUAAUUGAGGCUUGCAUAAAUCAAAAAUGUCAAAAUCCAUGCUCUGGCACGUGCGGAAUCGGUGCUCUAUGUCAAGUAAUAAAUCAUAAUCCAAUUUGUUCCUGUCCACCAAAACUUACUGGUGAUCCAUUUGUUAGAUGUCUAGAAUUGCCUGCACUUCCUCCAGAACCAAUAAACCCUUGUGAACCAUCCCCAUGUGGGCCUAAUUCUCAAUGUAAAGUAGCAGGAUCUUCUCCAUCGUGUUCAUGUCUACCAGAAUUCGUUGGCGUACCACCAAAUUGCAGACCAGAAUGUAUAAGUAAUAGCGAAUGUUCCUUCAAUCAAGCUUGUAUAAAUCAGAAAUGUAAAGACCCCUGUCCUGGUAUAUGCGGAGAAAACGCGGAAUGCCGUGUAGUGAAUCAUGUUCCAAACUGUAUUUGUAAUAAUGGCUAUUCAGGUAAUCCGUUUGUCCAAUGCAACUUAGCUUUACCACUUAAAGAAGAAAUUCGAAACCCAUGCAACCCCUCUCCGUGCGGAAGUAACGCAAUCUGUAAAGAACGCAAUGGUGCAGGCGCAUGUAGUUGUCAGCCAGAAUUUAUAGGAAACCCUUACGAAGGUUGUAGACCUGAGUGUGUAAUCAAUUCUGAUUGUCCUUCAAAUAAAGCAUGUGUGAAAAGCAAAUGUCAAGAUCCGUGCCCAGGCACUUGUGGACAAAACGCUCAAUGCCAAGUUAUUAACCAUUUACCAUCUUGCACUUGCAUUGUUGGUUACACCGGUGACCCAUUUAAAUAUUGCAACAUUAUUCGUCACGAAGAACAGCCAAAACCAAUCAAUGUUUGCAAUCCUUCACCUUGUGGUCCAAAUAGUCAAUGCAGAGAAGUUAAUCAACAAGGAGUGUGUUCUUGUUUACCUAAUUAUAUUGGAAGUCCACCUGGAUGUAGACCAGAAUGUACCGUUAGUUCAGAGUGUUCUCAAGAACAAGCUUGUCUCAACCAGAAAUGUGUGGAUCCAUGUCCUGGAACAUGUGGUCUUAAUUCACUUUGUAGAGUACGCAAUCAUAGUCCAAUUUGCUCAUGUAAUAUUGGACACACAGGUGAUCCAUUUACAAGAUGUUAUCCUAUUCCAGCACCUUCCCCUUCAAUUGUGGAAGAUAUCGUUAAUCCCUGUCUACCAUCUCCUUGCGGGUUAUAUUCAGAAUGUAGAGAUAUAGGUGGUUCACCCAGCUGUUCUUGUACGCCUGGUUAUAUUGGCACCCCUCCAAACUGUCGACCAGAAUGUACUAUUAACUCCGAAUGUACCAGUAACUUAGCAUGUAUCCGAGAAAAAUGUCGGGAUCCAUGUCCAGGAUCAUGUGGAGCAAAUGCUCAAUGUUCAGUUGUAGCAUAUAUUCCAAUAUGUACAUGCCCGGAAGGAUUCACUGGUGAUCCUUUUGUUAACUGCUAUCCCAAACCCCCACAACCGACUCAACCACCAAUAAGCGACCCUUGCAAUCCAUCCCCUUGUGGACCUAACGCAAAUUGCAACAAUGGAAUUUGCUCCUGUAUUGCAGAGUACCAUGGGGACCCAUAUAGCGAAUGCAGACCCGAAUGUGUUCUCAGUACUGAUUGUCAAAAAAAUAAAGCCUGCAUAAGACAUAAAUGUGUCGAUCCUUGUCCAGGAACUUGCGGGCAAAAUGCGUUAUGUUCAGUAAUAAAUCAUAUUCCAAUGUGUAGUUGUCCCCCGGAUUUCACCGGAAAUGCAUUUGUAUCUUGUAGUACACUUCCACCAAAACUUAUUCAACGCCCAUGCAAUCCUUCACCUUGUGGACCAAAUAGUCAAUGUAGAGAAAUUAAUAGUCAGGCUGUUUGUUCUUGCGUGCCUGGUUUUAUAGGAAACCCACCCACCUGUAGACCAGAGUGUGUUUCUAGUCCAGAAUGUGCUUUGAACCAAGCAUGUGUAAACCAAAAAUGUAUCGACCCAUGCCCUGGAACAUGUGGCUUAAAUGCCAAAUGCCAAGUGGUAAAUCAUAAUCCCAUUUGUAGUUGUAGUUCAGGUUUUACUGGAGAUCCAUUUGUGAGAUGUCUCUUAAUACCUGAAAGUCCUCCAGAACCAAUAAACCCAUGCCAACCAUCACCUUGUGGUCCAAAUUCUGAAUGCAGAGAAAUUAGAGGAUCGCCUUCAUGCUCUUGUCUAAUUAACUUUAUUGGUUCUCCACCAAAUUGCCGCCCAGAAUGUAUCAGCAACAGCGAAUGUUCUAGUCAUUUAGCCUGUAUAAAUCAAAAGUGCUCAGACCCAUGCCCAGGGGUGUGUGCAACAAAUGCCGAAUGCCAUGUACUUAGUCAUUCACCAAUAUGUUCCUGUAAAAAUGGAUUUACCGGAAAUCCAUUUGGAUUUUGUUCCGAAAUCCCCCCACCUGUAGUGUUGGAUGAAAUCAAAUCACCAUGCGAACCAUCUCCAUGUGGAUCAAAUGCCAUAUGUAGAGAACAAAAUAAAGCUGGCGCAUGCUUGUGUUUACCAGAAUAUAUUGGAAAUCCAUAUGAAGGUUGUCGCCCAGAAUGCGUAUUAAACUCAGACUGCCCCGCCCAACUGGCUUGUAUAAAUAGUAAAUGUAAGGAUCCUUGCCCCGGAACCUGUGGACAGAACGCUCAAUGUCAAGUUAUCACCCAUCUUCCAUCUUGUACUUGUAUAUCUGGUUACACUGGAGAUCCGUUCAGAUAUUGUAAUAUAAUUCGACACGAAGAACCACCUAAACCAAUUAAUGUUUGUAAUCCAUCACCUUGCGGCUCAAAUAGUCAAUGCAGAGAAGUUAAUCAACAAGCAGUAUGCUCUUGUUUGCCAAAUUACAUUGGAACCCCCCCUGGAUGUAGACCCGAAUGUACAGUCAGUUCUGAAUGUCCACAAAAUAACGCUUGUAUUAAACAAAAAUGUAUCGAUCCAUGCCCAGGAACUUGUGGCAUACAAGCUAAGUGUCAAGUAAUUAAUCAUAGUCCAAUAUGUUCCUGCCAGUCUGGUUAUACCGGAGAUCCAUUUACAAGAUGUUACCCAAUACCACCUCCGCCACCAACGCCACAAUUAGAUUAUGUAAAUCCUUGUGUACCGUCACCUUGCGGUCCAAAUUCAGAGUGUCGUGCAGUAGGAUCUUCUCCUUCGUGUUCUUGCCUUUCAAAUUAUAUAGGAAGUCCUCCCAAUUGCAAACCCGAAUGUACCAUUAACCCAGAAUGUUCAAGUAACUUGGCCUGUAUUAGAGAAAAAUGUAUGGAUCCUUGUCCAGGAUCGUGUGGAAAUAAUGCAAAAUGUAGUGUAAUCAACCAUACUCCAAUUUGUACGUGUCUCGAUGAUUACACCGGAGAUCCAUUCACCAACUGUUAUCCCAAACCCCCACCACCACCAAAACCUGUCGAAACAGACCCUUGCAAUCCCUCGCCCUGUGGACCUAAUGCGCUAUGUUCGAAUGGCGUCUGUACAUGUUUACCAGAAUAUCAAGGAGAUCCUUAUAGAGGAUGUAGACCAGAAUGUGUUCUUAAUUCAGAUUGUCCUAAAAACAAAGCGUGUAUCAGAAAUAAAUGUGUUGAUCCUUGUCCAGGAACUUGUGGACAAAACGCUCAAUGUUCAGUAAUUAAUCAUAUACCGAUGUGCACCUGUUUACCAAACCAUUCUGGAAAUGCCUUCAUUUUAUGUUCCCCUGUUAGAGAACCGGAUGUAAUACAUCCAUGUAAUCCAUCACCUUGUGGACCAAACAGUCAAUGUAGAGAAAUUAACAGUCAUGCGGUUUGUACUUGCGUCCAAGGUUUUAUAGGUACUCCGCCAACUUGUCGACCAGAAUGCGUCACCAGCUCCGAGUGUGCUUUAAAUCAAGCAUGUGUUAAUCAAAAAUGUAUCGACCCCUGCCCAGGCACUUGUGGCAUAACUGCAAUCUGUGCAGUAGUCAAUCAUAAUCCAAUAUGCAGUUGUCCGCCUAAAUACACUGGAGAUCCAUUCAUAAGAUGCUUAGUAAUACAAAUAAAACCAGAAAUAGAAGAUCCAUGUGGCCCACCAACACCUUGUGGUCCAAAUUCACAAUGCAAAAAAAUAAAUGAUCUUCCAUCGUGUACUUGUUUACCAGAAUUUAUAGGAACACCACCAUUUUGUAAGCCCGAAUGUGUUAGCAAUUCUGAAUGUCCUGUGAACUUGGCUUGCAUUAAUAAAAAAUGUAAAGAUCCUUGCCCGGGUAUAUGUGGCUUAAAUGCUGAAUGCAAAGUUAUUAGCCACUCACCAAAUUGCGUUUGUAUAUCAGGUUAUAACGGAGAUCCAUUUAGAGAAUGUAAAUUGCCAGAAAUAUCUGCCGCUAUAAACACACCUUGCACACCUUCGCCUUGUGGUGUUAAUGCAAGAUGUGUCGAACAGAAGAAUGCAGGUGCCUGUAUAUGUUUCCCGGAAUACAUUGGAAAUCCAUAUGAGGGCUGCAGACCAGAAUGCUCUUUAAAUUCCGAUUGUGCUUCUCAUUUAGCUUGUAUAAACAGCAAAUGCAAAGAUCCUUGUCCGGGAACAUGUGGACAAAACGCUAAUUGUCAAGUUAUUAAUCAUCUUCCAACCUGUACUUGUUUCCCUAGCUACACUGGAGAUCCAUUUAGAUAUUGCAGGAUACCUGAAGUUGAACAGGAUGAAAAGCCGAUAAAUCCAUGUAAUCCAUCACCAUGUGGUCCAAACAGCCAAUGCAGAGAAAUCAAUCAACAGGCAGUUUGCUCCUGUUUACCAAAUUACAUAGGCAGUCCACCUGGUUGCCGACCUGAAUGCGUACUUAGCAGUGAAUGUCCCCUAAAUAAAGCGUGUAUAAAUCAAAAAUGCGUUGAUCCAUGCCCAAGUUCUUGCGGAUUAAAUGCAAAAUGUCAAGUAAUCAACCAUAGCCCAAUAUGUUCCUGUGAUUCAGGAUAUACAGGAGAUCCAUUUGUUCGUUGUCACAUCAUCGAAAUUACACCCCCUCCACUGGCGCCCAUUGUAAUAGAUCCUUGCGUUCCAUCACCAUGCGGCCAAUAUUCCGAAUGUAGAAACAACAAUGGAUUGUCUAGUUGUUCAUGUUUACCGACAUAUAUUGGAACUCCUCCAAAUUGUAGACCAGAAUGUACCAUUAAUUCUCAAUGCUCCAGUAACAUGGCUUGUAUAAGAGAAAAAUGUAUCGACCCAUGUCCUGGUUCAUGUGGUUCAACUGCAGUAUGCAAUGUUAUAAAUCACAUUCCAAUUUGUACAUGCCCUGAAAGUUAUACUGGAGAUCCAUUUAACAACUGUUACCCUAAACCACCUCCAGUAAUUAUAGAAGAUGACCCUUGUAAUCCAUCACCAUGUGGUUCUAACACUCACUGUACCAAAGGAAUUUGUACAUGCUUACCAGAAUAUCAAGGAGACCCUUACACAGGUUGCCGCCCUGAAUGUGUUCUAAGCACAGAUUGUUUCAAAGAUAAGUCUUGCAUAAGAAAUAAAUGUGUAGAUCCUUGUAUAGGAACUUGCGGUCAAUACGCUGAAUGCAGCGUUAUAAAUCAUAUUCCCAUGUGUAGCUGUCCACAAGGUUACACUGGAAACGCCUUUGUUAGCUGCAGAAUUACUGAGAAACCAAUUGAAACUAAUCCGUGCAACCCAUCUCCGUGCGGACCGAAUAGCCAAUGUAGAGAAAUUAACGGUCAAGCUGUUUGCUCUUGCGUUCCUAGUUACAUAGGAAUUCCUCCGACUUGCAGACCAGAAUGUGUUACAAGCUCGGAAUGUCCACUUACACAAGCUUGCUCAAAUAUGAAAUGUAUUGAUCCAUGUCCCGGAACUUGCGGCCUUAGUGCAUUGUGUAACGUUGUAAAUCAUAAUCCUAUCUGUUCUUGCCCACCCAGCUACACAGGUGAUCCCUUCGUGCGGUGUCAAAUUAUACAACAAGAAGAACUGAAACCAGUGAAUUUAUGCGAGCCUUCACCGUGUGGUCCAAAUGCAGAAUGCCGAAUAUCAGGCGAAUCACCAUCAUGUUCUUGUCUUCCAAAUUUCGUCGGUUCACCUCCAUAUUGCAAACCUGAAUGUAUUAGUAAUUCUGAAUGUCCAACUCAUUUAGCAUGCGUAAAUCAAAAAUGUAGUGAUCCUUGCCCAGGAACAUGUGGAUCAAAUGCUGAAUGUCGUGUUGUGAGCCAUACACCAAAUUGUGUAUGCUUAAACGGUUACACAGGAAAUCCUUUCGCGCAAUGCCAACUAUAUCAACCACCGCCAAUUCAAGAUCUCACUAAUCCCUGUUUACCUACACCUUGUGGCACAAAUGCUAUAUGCAAAGAACGCAACGGAGCGGGAUCUUGUAUGUGUUUACCAGAAUACAUUGGAAAUCCUUAUGAAGGAUGUAGACCUGAAUGUACUCUUAAUACAGAUUGCCCACAAAAUAAAGCUUGUAUAAGAAAUAAAUGUGAAGAUCCUUGUCCAGGAACAUGUGGACAAAAUGCAAACUGUUAUACUAAGAACCACAUUCCAACUUGUAAUUGUUUACCUGGUUACACGGGAAAUCCCUUACAAUUUUGUAAUAUAAUAAGAGAAGAAGAACCUACUAAGCCAAUUGAUGUUUGCAAUCCUUCACCUUGCGGACCAAAUAGUCAGUGUAGAACAGUUAAUCAGCAAGCGGUUUGUUCCUGUUUACCAACUUAUAUAGGAACCCCACCAUCAUGUAGACCAGAAUGUAUUACAAGCGCGGAAUGUAAUCUAAAUAAAGCAUGUAUUAGUCAGAAAUGUAGUGACCCAUGUCCUGGUACAUGUGGCUUAAAUGCUAUUUGCAACGUAAUUAAUCAUAAUUCCAUAUGUUCUUGCAAUUCUGGACACACCGGCGAUCCAUUUGUUAGAUGUUAUCCAAUUCCCCCUGCUUUACCGCCACCAAUUCAGUUUGAACCCAUAACGGAUCCCUGUAUGUUAUCACCUUGUGGUUUGCACGCUGAGUGCAGAAACGUUGGUGGAUCACCAUCAUGCUCAUGUUUGAUUAACUAUAUAGGAUCACCUCCCAAUUGUAGACCAGAAUGUAUUGCAAAUUACGAAUGCGCUAGUCAUUUAGCUUGUAUUAGAGAAAAAUGUGCUGACCCUUGCCCUGGCUCCUGUGGAACCAACACUCAAUGUAAUGUUUUAAAUCAUAUCCCUAUGUGCACAUGUUUCGAAGGAUAUAUAGGAGAUCCUUUUACCAGUUGCCUCCCCAAACCACCUGAAACAGUACCAAUUAAAGAUCCAUGUAACCCCUCACCGUGUGGUUCUAAUGCAAUAUGUAGGGAAGGAAUAUGUACUUGUGUUAAUGAAUUUCAAGGAGAUCCUUAUCAAGGAUGUAGACCAGAAUGUGUAAUGAGCAGUGAUUGUCCUAAAGACAAGGCUUGUGCUAGAAAUAAAUGUAUAGAUCCUUGCCCAGGAACUUGUGGACAAAACGCAAUUUGUACAGUACUAAAUCAUAUUCCCAUUUGUAGUUGUCAGAAAGGUUUUGCUGGAAAUGCAUUUGUUUUAUGUUCCCCAAUUCCAGAAUCUACACCAACAAAUCCUUGUAACCCAUCUCCAUGUGGACCUAAUAGUCAAUGUAGAGCUUUCAAUGGACAAGCAGUUUGCUCUUGUGUACCUGGCUAUCUAGGAAGUCCACCAACUUGCAGACCGGAAUGUAUCAGUAGUUCAGAAUGCAGUUUAGCUCAAUCUUGCGUAAAUCAAAAAUGUAUUGAUCCAUGUCCGGGAACAUGUGGAAUUUUAGCAAUCUGUCAAGUGGUUAAUCAUAACCCAAUAUGCAGCUGUCCUUCUGGACAUACCGGAGAUCCAUUUAUUAGAUGCCAAAUUCAAAUAGUUGAAGAGUACGUAACACCCGUCAACCCAUGUGUGCCUUCACCUUGCGGUCCCAAUUCACAAUGUCUAGAAAAGAAUGGUUCUCCUUCUUGUUCUUGCUUAACAAGCUUCAUUGGAUCUCCACCGAAUUGCAGACCAGAAUGUAUAAGUAACAGCGAAUGUUCAUCAAGUUUAGCAUGUAUAAAUCAAAAAUGUAGAGAUCCUUGCCCUGGUUCAUGUGGAAAUAACGCAGAAUGCAGAGUAAUAAGUCACACUCCAAACUGCGUUUGUCUUACCGGCUUUACUGGUGAUCCGUUUUCGGGAUGUAACGCCAUCGCUUUGGUACCUGAAAUCAUUUCACCUUGUAUUCCAUCUCCGUGCGGUGCAAAUGCUAUUUGUAAAGAACAAAAUAGAGCGGGAUCUUGUACAUGUUUACCGGAUUAUAUCGGAAAUCCUUAUGAAGGUUGUAGACCAGAAUGUAUUUUAAAUUCGGAUUGUCCAUCAAACAAAGCAUGUCUUUCAAGUAAAUGCAAAGAUCCAUGUCCAGGAACAUGUGGGCAAAAUGCUAACUGUCAAGUCAUUAACCAUCUACCAUCAUGUAGUUGUAACUCAGGUUACACAGGAGAUCCAUUUAAUUAUUGCAGAAUUCUAGAAAUUGUUAAAGAUGAAAUUCCGAAAAACCCUUGUAAUCCAUCACCGUGUGGACCCAAUAGUCAAUGUAGAGAAAUUAACCAGCAAGCAGUUUGUUCCUGUUUACCUAACUAUAUUGGAACUCCACCCGGAUGUAGACCUGAAUGCACAGUUAGUUCCGAAUGUCCACUAAAUAAAGCGUGUGUAAAUCAAAAGUGUACUGAUCCAUGCCCUGGAACUUGCGGCCUUAAUAGCAACUGCCAAGUCAUCAACCACAACCCAAUAUGUUCUUGUAUAACUAGAUAUACUGGAGAUCCAUUCACCAGAUGUUACUCAAUUCCACCCCCAAUGAAAGAACCACUACAACCCGUUGUUGUUAAUCCUUGUGUACCGUACCCUUGCGGUCCUUAUUCUGAAUGCCGUGAUAUUGGUGGAUCACCAAGUUGCUCUUGUUUAUUAAAUUACAUAGGAAGUCCACCAAAUUGUAGACCAGAAUGCACAAUAAAUAGCGAUUGUUCAAGCAAUAUGGCCUGUAUUACAGAAAAAUGCAGAGAUCCUUGUCCAGGAUCAUGCGGAUCUAAUGCUCACUGCUCAGUAAUAAAUCAUAUACCAAUUUGCACAUGUCCAGAUGGAUUCACUGGUGAUCCGUUUACAAAUUGUUUCCCAAAACCUCCUGAGAUUCCAAUAGUUGAAAAAGAUCCCUGCAACCCAACGCCUUGUGGACCAAAUGCCGAAUGCAACAACGGAAUCUGCACUUGCUUAACUGAAUACAAAGGGGAUCCAUAUACAGGAUGUCGACCAGAAUGUGUCUUAAAUACAGACUGUCCAAAAAGUUUGGCUUGUAUUCGAAAAAAAUGUAUAGAUCCUUGUCCCGGAACGUGUGGAGUGAACGCUGAAUGUUCCGUUAUAAAUCAUAUACCAAUGUGUUCUUGUCUACAAGGAUUCAGCGGAAAUGCAUUCGUACAAUGUAAUAAUAUUCCAGAUAAAAUUAUUGAGAACCCAUGCAACCCGUCUCCGUGUGGACCGAAUAGUCAAUGUCGUGAAAUUAACGGUCAAGCAGUAUGUUCUUGUAUUAUUGGUUAUAUCGGUAGCCCUCCAACUUGCCGACCAGAGUGCAUUUUAAGUUCCGAUUGUAUACCAUCAGAAGCCUGUGUAAAUCAGAAAUGUGUUGAUCCUUGUCCAGGAUCAUGUGGAGUAGGAGCCAAAUGUCAAGUUGUAAAUCACAGCCCAAUUUGUAGUUGCCCCCCAAGAUAUUCUGGUGAUCCAUUUGUAAGAUGUACCCCCAUCCCGGCUGAACCUCCUGUAGCUAUCAAUCAUUGUCAACCAUCUCCAUGCGGUCCAAACUCAGAAUGCAGAGUUACAGGCGAAUCUCCUUCAUGUUCUUGUUUACCAAGCUUUAUUGGAUCUCCUCCAAAUUGUAGACCAGAAUGUAUCAGUAAUAGCGAUUGUUCCUUUAAUCUUGCAUGUAUCAACCAAAAAUGCAAAGAUCCUUGUCCAGGGGUCUGCGGUGCAAACGCAGAAUGUCGUGCUGUUAGCCAUGCACCAAACUGUUUCUGUUUAUCAGGAUUCAUUGGAAAUCCAUUCGUACAGUGUACGCAAGAAAUUGUCAAACCAAUCGAAAACAUUUCACCAUGUAAUCCAUCACCUUGCGGAAGUAACGCAAUUUGCAAAGAACGCAAUGGGGCAGGUGCAUGCAGUUGCCUUCCAGAAUUUAUAGGAAAUCCUUACGAAGGAUGCAGACCUGAAUGUGUAAUUAAUUCUGAUUGUCCUUCAAAUAAAGCAUGUGUGAGAAGUAAAUGUCAAGAUCCAUGUCCAGGAACAUGUGGACAAAAUGCGCAAUGUCAAGUUAUUAACCAUUUACCAUCUUGCACUUGCAUUUCUGGUUACACCGGUGAUCCAUUUAGAUAUUGUAACAUCAUCCGACAGGAAGAACAACCAAAACCAAUUAAUGUAUGCAAUCCCUCACCUUGUGGUCCAAACAGUCAGUGUAGAGAAGUUAACCAACAAGCUGUAUGUUCUUGUUUACCAAAUUACAUAGGAACGCCACCUGGUUGUAGACCAGAGUGUACCGUUAGUUCAGAAUGUGCACAAAAUAAAGCAUGCGUUAACCAAAAAUGUAGUGAUCCGUGUCCUGGAACUUGCGGAUUAAAUACCGAAUGCACAGUCAUUAAUCAUAGUCCAAUUUGUUCUUGUUCUCCCGGAUUUACAGGAGAUCCGUUUACUAGAUGUUACCAACCACCACCAUCAAUUUCUAUUGUCUCACCUAUUAGGGAUCCCUGUAUACCAUCGCCUUGCGGACCGAAUUCAGAAUGUAGGAACAUACAAAACUUGCCAUCUUGUUCAUGUUUACCUAAUUAUUUUGGAACUCCACCUAAUUGUCGACCUGAAUGUGUUAUCAAUUCCGAAUGCACCAGCAAUUUGGCUUGUAUUAGAGAAAAAUGUACAGAUCCUUGUCCUGGAUCCUGUGGGACCAAUGCUUUAUGUAGUGUUAUCAAUCACAACCCAACAUGUACGUGUCCUGAGCAAUAUACCGGUGAUCCAUUUGUCAACUGUUUCGCAAAACCACCUGUGGUCGAAGAACCCAUUAAGGAUCCAUGUAAUCCAUCACCUUGUGGACCAAAUGCUCAAUGUAAUCAAGGCAUUUGCACUUGUAUACCAGAAUACCAAGGAGACCCUUACAGAGAAUGCAGACCAGAAUGUCUUUUGAGUAUCGACUGUCCUAAAAAUAAAGCUUGUAUACGUAAUAAAUGCGUUGAUCCCUGCCCGGGAACUUGCGGAAGCAAUGCUCUGUGCUCUGUGAUAAAUCAUAUUCCAAUGUGUUCAUGCCCAGAAGAGUACUCUGGAAAUGCUUUUGUUGCAUGUCAUCCAUUCACGCCACCACAAGUUGUAAAUCCAUGUGUUCCAUCACCUUGUGGUCCAAACAGUCAAUGUAGAGAAAUUAAUGGUCAAGCAGUUUGUUCGUGUGUACCUGGAUUUAUAGGAAGCCCACCAACUUGUAGACCUGAAUGCGUAACAAGCUCAGAAUGUCCCUUAAAUAAAGCGUGCGCUAAUCAAAAAUGUAUAGACCCAUGUCCAGGUACAUGUGGAUUUAGUGCUAUCUGUAAUGUUAUAAAUCAUAACCCAAUAUGUUCGUGUCCCCCACGAUAUACAGGAGAUCCAUUUACUAGGUGUUUACCACAACAAGACGACAUUCGUCCGCCAAUUAAUCCUUGCCAACCGUCACCAUGCGGACCUUAUUCCGAAUGCAAAGUUUCCGGCGAAAGCCCUUCGUGUUCAUGUUUGGCAAAUUACGUAGGAUCUCCCCCUAAUUGCCGCCCGGAAUGUAUUAGCAAUAGCGAAUGUCCCAAUCAUUUAGCGUGUAUAAACCAAAAAUGCGCCGACCCUUGCCCAGGAGCCUGUGGUACUAACGCCAACUGUAGGGUGGUUAGUCACUCUCCAAACUGUGCGUGUCUCCAAGGUUAUAUAGGAAGUCCAUUUACAAACUGCGAACUUCCACAAUCUGAGCCACCCACUGAAGUUAUAAAUCCUUGUGUUCCUUCCCCCUGUGGAGCAAAUGCUGUUUGUAGAGAACAAAACGGCGCAGGGUCAUGUUCGUGUCUACCCGAACAUAUUGGAAAUCCCUAUGAAGGUUGUAGGCCCGAAUGUAUCCAAAACUCUGAUUGUCCUUCAAAUAGAGCAUGUAUUCGAAAUAAGUGCCAAGACCCUUGUCCUGGCACUUGCGGCCAAAAUGCGGAUUGUCAAGUUAUAGCUCAUCUUCCUACGUGCACUUGUCGCGCUGGAUUUACCGGAAAUCCAUUCCAAUAUUGCAACCCACUUCCACCACCCACUGAAGAUAUUCCUCGAGAUGUAUGUAAUCCCUCACCUUGCGGUCCAAACAGUCAGUGUAAAGAAGUAAACAAACAAGCUGUCUGCUCUUGUCUGGCUAAUUACAUCGGUAGCCCACCAAAUUGUAGACCCGAAUGUACUGUUAGUAGCGAAUGUUCCUUUGACAAAGCUUGCAUAAACCAAAAAUGCGUCGAUCCUUGUCCCGGUGUGUGUGGAAUAAACACACAAUGUCAAGUGAUAAAUCACAGCCCUAUAUGUACUUGUAAUAGCCGACAUACCGGAGAUCCUUUCACUAGGUGCUACCCAAUACCUCCACUUCCAUCACUGCCAGCCCCACUGCCUACCGAUCCAUGUGUUCCAAGCCCUUGUGGUUCAAAUGCUCAAUGUAGAAAUAUUGGAGGUACCCCGUCAUGCUCUUGCCUGCCAGAAUUUAUAGGUUCACCACCAAACUGCCGCCCAGAAUGUACCAUAAACUCAGAAUGUACCAGUAAUUUGGCAUGUAUUAACCAAAAAUGUAGAGAUCCUUGCCCUGGGUCUUGUGGCACAAAUGCUCAAUGUAAAGUAAUCAACCAUAUUCCAAGCUGUACUUGUCCCGAAAGUUACACUGGAGAUCCAUUUGCAAAUUGUUAUUUAAAACCACCCAUGGAAGAUAUACCAGAUCCUUGCAAUCCAUCGCCUUGUGGACCCAAUGCUCAAUGCAAUAAUGGAAUUUGUACUUGUAUCCCAGAAUAUCAUGGAGAUCCUUAUAGAGAAUGUAGACCAGAAUGCGUCCUGAACACAGAUUGUGAAAAAGACAAAGCAUGCAUUAGAAACAAGUGUGUUAAUCCUUGUCCAGGAACAUGCGGUCAAAAUGCUGUCUGUAACGUAAUCAAUCACAUUCCAAUGUGUUCUUGUAGCCCAGGUUUUACCGGAAGUCCGUUUGUAUUAUGCACACCGAUACCACCCCCCAUAAAACCAAACCCAUGUAAUCCUUCUCCUUGUGGUUCGUACAGUCAAUGCAAAGAAAUUAAUGGUCAAGCUGUAUGCUCGUGCAUACCUUCGUACAUAGGAAGCCCACCUACUUGUCGACCAGAAUGUACAACUAGUUCCGAAUGCUUGCAAAGUCAAGCAUGUAACAAUCAAAAAUGCAUAGAUCCAUGUCCAGGAACAUGUGGCAUAUCAGCUCUUUGCCACGUAGUCAAUCAUAAUCCUAUUUGCAGUUGUCCUAAUCAAUUUACUGGCGAUCCAUUUAUACGUUGUUUACAGAUAAUAGAAGAACCACCAAAUAUACCAGAAAACCCUUGUCAACCAUCUCCUUGCGGUCCUAACGCUGAGUGUAGACCACUUAACGAUUCGCCUUCCUGUUCUUGCUUACCAGAAUUUAUAGGUUCACCUCCCAAUUGUAGACCUGAAUGUGCCAGUAAUAGCGAAUGCAGUAACAAUCUCGCAUGUAUAAAUAAUAAAUGUAAAGAUCCAUGUCCGGAUACUUGUGGACAAAAUGCUCAAUGUCGCGUGGUUAGUCACACGCCAAAUUGUGUCUGCCUGGAAAAUUAUAUUGGAGAUCCUUUUGUUUUCUGUACUCCAAAACCUGCUGAACCAAUACAAACCACACCAUGCCUUCCAUCGCCUUGUGGUAUCAAUGCAAUAUGCAGAGAACAAAAUGGCGCAGGUGCUUGUAUCUGCGAAUCAGAAUUCUAUGGAAAUCCUUAUGAAGGUUGUCGCCCUGAGUGUAUCCUAAACUCAGAUUGUCCAUCAAAUAAAGCCUGUAUGAAAAAUAAAUGUCAAGAUCCUUGCCCUGGCACGUGCGGUCAAAACGCAGAUUGCCAAGUAAUCAAUCAUUUACCGUCUUGUGUUUGUCGCUCAGGAUACACAGGAAAUCCAUUUAUAUUUUGCAAUAUUAUACCUUAUAAACCACCAGAGGAACCAAAGAACCCUUGCAGCCCAUCGCCUUGUGGUCCUAAUAGCCAAUGUCGCGAAAUUAACGGUCAAGCAGUAUGCUCUUGCUUAAUAGAUUACAUAGGAACUCCACCCAGUUGUAGACCUGAAUGUGUAAUAAGUUCAGAAUGUCCACUACAUUUGGCCUGCGUAAACCAAAAAUGUAAAGAUCCUUGUCCAGGAACGUGUGGCAUAAACGCACUUUGCAAAGUGGUCAGCCACAAUCCAAUAUGCUCUUGCAAUCCUGGACAUACAGGAGAUCCAUUUACUAGAUGUUCUCUCAUUCCAAAACCACCCGAAGACAAACCAACUCCAAACCCAUGUUUCCCAUCACCCUGCGGACCAUACUCAGAAUGCAGAGACAUUGGCGGCAAUCCAUCCUGCUCUUGUCUCAUUGGUUACUCCGGAACACCGCCAAAUUGUAAACCCGAAUGUACUACAAACGAAGAAUGCUCUAGUAAUAAAGCGUGCAUAAGAGAAAAAUGUGUUGAUCCUUGUCCUGGAUCUUGCGGAAUUUCUGCACAAUGUUCAGUUAUAAAUCAUACCCCAAUUUGUGUUUGUCCAUCGAAAUUUACAGGAAAUCCAUUCACCAAUUGUUAUCCUGAACCAGUAGAACCGCCAAAACCACAAGAUUUAUGCAACCCAAACCCGUGUGGUACAAACGCUCAAUGCAAAGACGGAAUUUGUACAUGUUUACCCGAAUAUCAAUUCGGUGAUCCAUACACAGGAUGUAGACCUGAAUGCGUUUUGAGCACUGACUGCUCAAGAAAUAAAGCAUGUAUUAAAAACAAAUGUACUGACCCUUGUCCUGGUACAUGCGGCCAAAAUGCUGAAUGUAAUGUAGUUAAUCACAUUGCAAUGUGUUCUUGUCAACCUGGCUACAGUGGAAACCCAUUCGUAUUGUGCAAACCUAUUCCGCCUCCAGUUGAACAACAUCCAUGUAACCCAACACCUUGCGGACCAAACAGUAUAUGUAGAGAAGUUAAUAAUCAGGCGGUUUGUGCUUGCGUCGCUGGUUACAUAGGAAGCCCACCAACUUGCAGACCUGAAUGCGUUUCAAGCUCAGAAUGCCCGUUAAAUUUAGCGUGUGUAAACCAAAAAUGUAUCGAUCCAUGUCCUGGAACUUGUGGCUUAAACACUGAAUGUCACGUUAUCAAUCAUAAUCCAAUUUGUACUUGUCUCAAUUUAUACAGUGGAGAUCCCUUCACGCAAUGCACAAUUAUUCCACAAGAUGUAGAAGUUAUUGACCCUUGUAAACCAUCGCCUUGCGGUCCAAAUUCAGAAUGUAAAGUUACCAAUGACCAAGCAUCUUGUUCAUGUCUACCAACUUUCAUAGGGUCGCCACCAAAUUGUCGUCCUGAAUGCGUCAGUAACAGUGAAUGUCCCAAUCACUUAGCCUGUAUUAAUACGAAAUGCGCCGAUCCUUGUCCUGGAACUUGUGGCUCAAACGCGCAAUGUCGAGUUGUGACUCACACGCCAAAUUGUAUUUGUCUUCCUGGCUUUAAUGGAAAUCCAUUUAUUCAAUGUGUAGAAGAAAAACCAAUUGUAACACCUGAACCACAAACACCAUGCGUGCCAUCACCAUGUGGAAUCAAUGCACAAUGUAGGGAACAAAAUGGUGUUGGCGCCUGUAUAUGUCUUCCAGAAUAUAUUGGAAAUCCAUACGAAGGAUGCAGACCCGAAUGUAUCUAUAAUACUGAUUGUCCAUCAAACAAAGCUUGUAUAAGAAAUAAGUGCCAAGAUCCUUGUCCUGGAACUUGCGGACAAAAUGCCCAAUGUCACGUUUUAAACCAUUUACCAUCGUGUAUUUGCUUACAAGGAUACACCGGAAAUCCAUUCUCUUUCUGUACUUUAAAAGUUGAAUCACCUCCGGAACCAGAAAAAAAUCCAUGCCAACCUACGCCUUGCGGCCCAAAUAGCCAAUGUAAAGAAAAUAAUAACCAAGCAAUUUGUUCCUGUCUCCCAGAAUUUAUAGGAUCCCCACCAAGUUGUCGACCUGAAUGCACAAUUAGUUCAGAAUGUUCAUUAGACAAAGCUUGUAUUAAUCAAAAAUGUAAAGAUCCAUGUCCAGGAGCUUGUGGCGUCAACAGUAGAUGUCAAGUCAUCAACCAUAGUCCAAUUUGUUCUUGCAAAGACGCACAUACUGGAGAUCCAUUCACUAUUUGUACCCCUAUACCACCACCGCCACCAAGAGACCCGGCUAUACCGCCAAAUCCUUGUGUACCAUCACCAUGUGGACCUUUCUCAGAAUGUAGAGAUAUCGGUGGAACACCAAGUUGCUCUUGUCUACCAACUUAUCUAGGAAGCCCUCCAAACUGCAGACCUGAAUGUACAACAAACUCCGAUUGUACUUCAAACUUAGUUUGUAUCAACCAAAAAUGUAGAGAUCCUUGCCCUGGACUUUGUGGCUUAAAUGCGGAUUGCAGUGUAAAUAAUCAUAUUGCAACUUGUGUAUGUAUCAGUGGAUACAUUGGCGAUCCAUUUACACAAUGCAAACCUAAACCACCUCCGCCUGUAGAAACUGAUCCUUGCAAUCCUUCACCAUGCGGACCUAACGCUCAAUGUAAUAAUGGAAUUUGUACGUGUUUACCCGAAUAUCAAGGAGAUCCUUACAGAGAAUGUAAACCUGAAUGUAUCUUAAAUACGGAUUGUCCUAACGAUAAAGCAUGUCUAAGAAAUAAAUGUAAAGAUCCUUGUCCUGGAACAUGUGGCACCAACGCAGAAUGUAAAGUUAUCAAUCACAUUCCCAUGUGUACUUGUAUUAAGAAUUAUGUGGGAAAUGCUUUCGUAGCAUGCCAACUUUCUGAAGUAACAUCACCACAAAACCCAUGCAUACCUUCUCCAUGUGGUCCAAACAGUCAAUGCAGAGUGAUUAAUCAACAAGCAAUUUGUUCUUGCGUUCCUGGAUUUAUUGGAAGUCCACCAACUUGUAGACCUGAAUGUGUUACUAGCUCAGAAUGUCAAUUAAAUCAGGCUUGUGUAAACCAAAAAUGUAUCGAUCCUUGUCCUGGAACAUGUGGUAUUGGGGCUAGAUGCCAAGUAAUUAAUCACAAUCCGGUUUGUAGUUGCCCAGAGUCCUAUACUGGAGAUCCGUUUAGUAGAUGUCUACCAAUUCCUAAAGAACCACCAAAACCAACAGACCCUUGCCAACCCUCACCAUGUGGUCUCAAUGCACAAUGCAAAGUAAUCAAUAAUUCCCCAUCAUGCUCGUGCCUCCCAGAAUUUAUAGGAGCUCCACCGAACUGUAGACCAGAAUGUACCAGUAAUAGUGAUUGUGAGACAAAACUUGCUUGUAUCAAUAGAAAAUGUCAAGAUCCUUGCCCUGGAUCAUGUGGAGUUAAUGCUAUAUGCAGAGUCGUUAGUCAUACUCCAAAUUGUGUCUGCAACGAUGGUUAUGUCGGUAAUCCGUUUAUUUCAUGCCAACCUAUGCCACCAGCACCACCUGCUUUUGAACAACACAAUCCAUGUACUCCAUCUCCGUGUGGUGCAAACGCAAUUUGUAGAGAAUCUAAUAAUGCGGGAUCUUGUAUGUGUCUGCCAGAAUACAUUGGAAAUCCUUAUGAAGGUUGCAGACCUGAAUGUGUUUUAAAUUCGGACUGUCCAUACAAUAAAGCUUGCCUACAAAAUAAAUGCAAGGAUCCAUGCCCUGGAACUUGCGGCCAAAACGCCGAUUGUCAAGUUGUAAAUCAUAUUGCAACUUGUAAUUGUAAACCAGGAUUUAUUGGCAAUCCAUUCCAAUUUUGCAAAAUUCCCGAAGAAAUUCCCCGUCCUGAUGUAUGUAAUCCAUCACCUUGCGGACCAAACAGUCAAUGCAAAGAACUCAAUCAACAAGCCAUAUGUUCUUGUUUACCUCAAUUUAUUGGCUCACCUCCAUCUUGUAGACCUGAAUGUACAUCAAGUUCAGAAUGUGCUCUAAACAAAGCUUGUGUUAAGCAAAAAUGCGUUGAUCCUUGUCCAGGAACUUGCGGUUUGCAAGCUCAGUGCAUCGUUAAUAAUCACAAUCCAAUUUGUAGUUGCCUUACUGAUUAUACUGGAGAUCCAUUUACUAGAUGUUACUUACAACAAAAACCUGUUACACCACCGAGUGAACCGAUUAAUCCAUGCGUACCAUCACCAUGCGGUCCAAAUGCUCUUUGUCGCCCAAUUGGAAACGUUCCAUCGUGUUCUUGCUUACCCCAAUUCAUUGGGUCACCGCCAAAUUGUAGACCGGAAUGUACAAGCCAUAAUGAAUGUCCAAACAUUUUGGCGUGCAUACAACAAAAAUGCAAAGAUCCUUGCCCAGGAUCAUGUGGUUCAUAUGCUACCUGUUCUGUGGUUAAUCACAUACCAAUUUGUACAUGCCCCGAUACUUAUACAGGAGAUCCAUUUAGUAAUUGUUAUCCAAAACCACCACCACCACCUGAACUACCAAAAGAUCCUUGUAAUCCAUCACCGUGCGGAGCAAACGCUCAAUGCAACAAUGGUGUUUGUACUUGCUUAAGUGAAUAUUUAGGAGAUCCAUACCAAGGGUGUAGACCGGAAUGUAUAUUAAGCACAGAUUGUUCGAAAUCUAAAUCAUGUAUAAGAAAUAAAUGCGUUGAUCCAUGCCCGGGAACUUGUGGCCAAAAUGCAGAAUGUGUUGUGUACAAUCACAUCCCAAUGUGUAGUUGUAGGCAAGGUUUCACCGGAAACGCUUUCGUCGUAUGCAAUCCCAUCAAGGUUGAGUUACCUCAAAAACCAUGUACACCUUCACCGUGUGGUCCAAACAGUCAAUGUAGAGAAAUAAAUAGUCAAGCAGUUUGUUCUUGUUUACCAAAUUAUAUAGGAAGCCCACCGACUUGCAGACCCGAGUGUAUAACUAGUUCGGAAUGUCCUCAAAACGAAGCUUGUGUAAAUCAAAAAUGUAUAGAUCCCUGUCCUGGUACUUGUGGAUUUGAGGCUUUAUGUAACGUUAUAAACCAUAAUCCAGUAUGUAGUUGUCCAUCGAGAUAUACUGGAAAUCCUUUCACCAGGUGUACAUUGAUAGUUGAAGAAAUACCCACACCAGACCCAUGCAAAUUCUGUGGUCCAAAUUCAUUUUGUGAUCGAAGUCUUACUCCACCAGCAUGCAAAUGUCUUGAUGGUCUUUUAGGAUUGCCACCAAAUUGCAGACCUGAAUGUGUAAGCAAUAAUGAAUGUCCAAAUCAUUUAGCGUGUAGAAAUCAAAAAUGCGUUGAUCCAUGCCCCGGUGUUUGUGGUCCAAGCGCAAUUUGUAGAGUGGUCAGUCACACCCCGAUUUGUAGUUGUCAAGAUGGUUUUGAAGGUGAUCCGUUUAGUGGAUGUAGAGUCAUCGAAAAACCACCAGAACUUGUUACUCCAUGUAUACCAUCACCCUGUGGAGCUAACGCAGUUUGCAAAGAAAGAGGAAAUGUAGGUUCUUGUAUGUGUUUAUCCGAAUAUAUUGGAGAUCCUUACGCUGGAUGUAGACCUGAAUGUACAAUUAACACUGAUUGCUCCCCCAAUAAAGCCUGUAUUAGAAAUAAAUGUCAAGAUCCGUGUCCAGGAACUUGUGGCCAAAACGCUUAUUGUCAAGUUAUCAAUCAUUUACCAUCUUGUAGUUGUAACGCAGGAUAUACGGGUGAUCCAUUUAGAAUUUGUAGCAUUAUUAGGGAAGAAGAACCGAAACCAAUUAACUUAUGCAGCCCAUCUCCGUGUGGUCCAAACAGCGAAUGUAGAUUAAUCAAUAAUAACGCUGUUUGUAGUUGUCUUAAAGACUACAUUGGUAGCCCACCAAGUUGUAGACCCGAAUGUACUGUUAGUACUGAAUGUUCAACCGAUAAAGCCUGCAUCAACAGACACUGUGUUGAUCCUUGUCCUGGCGCAUGUGGAAUCAAUGCUAAAUGUCGAGUAUUUAAUCACAGCCCACUUUGUUCAUGCGAUAUAAACCACACAGGAGAUCCAUUCAUAAGAUGCUUACCAAUACCACCACCAACCGUGAUACCAAGUCCACCAAAUCCUUGCAUACCAUCACCUUGUGGUCCACACUCGCAAUGCCGUGAUCUGGGAGGAAUUCCAUCUUGUUCUUGCAUGUUAGGAUACUUUGGAAGUCCACCAAACUGUAGACCUGAAUGCGUCAUCAGCUCAGAUUGUAGCAGUAAUUUAGCUUGCAUAAGAGAAAAAUGUACAGAUCCGUGUCCUGGUAGCUGUGGCGCCAACGCGAUUUGUUCUGUGGUUAAUCACAUCCCAAUGUGCAGUUGUUUGGAUGGUUAUGUUGGAGAUCCAUUUAGUUACUGCAACUUAAAACCACCAAGUCCCCCUGUACCUAAAGACGCAUGCAACCCUUCACCGUGCGGUCCUAAUGCACAAUGCAACAACGGAAUCUGUUCAUGUCUACCUGAGUAUCGAGGCGACCCUUAUAUUCAAUGUAGACCUGAGUGUGUUCAAAAUAACGACUGUCUAAAGAACUUAGCUUGCAUAAACAAUAAAUGUAAAGAUCCUUGCCCUGGUAUAUGUGGACAAAAUGCCGAAUGUUCUGUCUUGAAUCAUAUCCCUUCAUGUACCUGUAUUCAAGAUUUCGUAGGUGAUCCUUUCUAUAUUUGCAGAAAGGUGGAAAAUGAACCUACCGACGCAUGUAACCCAUCCCCGUGCGGUCUAAACAGUCAAUGUAGAUCUCUUAAUGGCCAAGCAAUUUGCUCUUGCCUAAUAGGUUACAACGGCCACCCACCAAAUUGCAAACCUGAAUGUAUUUUAAGUAUCGAGUGCCCAUUAAACAAAGCUUGUCUUAAUCAAAAAUGUGUUGAUCCAUGUCCUGGAACUUGCGGAAUAUCAGCAACUUGUCACGUGGUUAAUCACAACCCAGUGUGUAGUUGCCAACCACCCUUAAUCGGCGAUCCCUUCGUUCAAUGCAGGCCUCCUCCGCCAGAAUUACCACCCCCGCCCAAACCAGAACCGUGCUUACCAUCUCCUUGUGGCGCGAAUGCUAGGUGCGAACCAACACCAGUCGGAGGAUACAAUUGUCUUUGUUUACCUGAAUAUAUUGGAAUUCCACCAAAUUGUAGACCUGAAUGCGUCAGUAACUCAGAGUGCCCAACAAACCAAGCAUGUAUAAACCAAAAAUGUAAAGAUCCUUGUCCUGGAUCAUGUGGAUUGAACGCCGAAUGCCACGUGGUUCUCCACAUUCCAAACUGUAUGUGUAUAAAUGAUUACGAAGGAAAUCCAUUUGCCGUUUGUUCUAAAAGACCACCACCUCCAACGCAACCACCUAAGGUGGAUCCUUGCUAUCCAUCACCUUGUGGAUCCAACGCUAGAUGUCGUAUCGAGAACAACUACGGAGUUUGCGAGUGUCUUCCAGAAUAUCAUGGAAAUCCUUACGAAGGUUGUAGACCCGAAUGCGUGGGCAACUCAGAUUGUCCGAUGAACAGGGCUUGCAUAAGAAAUAAAUGUGAAGAUCCUUGCCCUGGAACCUGCGGAGUCGGUGCUACAUGUGACGUACGAAAUCAUAUCCCAAUAUGUUCAUGUCCAACAGGAUUUAUAGGAGAUGCGUUUAGGCAAUGUUUACCAACCGGACCAGAACCAUCACCUUGUCAACCAUCACCAUGCGGUUUAAACACAAUCUGUAAAGAAUUCGACAAUAGAGCAGUUUGUGAAUGUUUACCGGGUCUCUUCGGAAAUCCAUCAACAAGUGGUUGUAAACCAGAAUGUACCAUCAGCGCAGAUUGUCCUCUCAAUAAAGCUUGCUCAAACAUGAAAUGUAUCGAUCCAUGUCCAGGAGUUUGUGGUUUUAAUGCCCAGUGCAAUGUAAUCAAUCAUAGUCCAGUAUGCACAUGUCCACCACCUCUUAUAGGAAAUCCAUUCACUCUCUGCAAAGAACAACAAGAAAUCGAAAUAGAUCUAUGUAACCCAUCACCUUGCAACAUCAACGGACAAUGCCAAGUAGUAAACAGUGUUGCAAUAUGCAUCUACCCAGAAUGUAUCAUCAACCAAGAUUGUCCGAGAGAUAAAGCUUGUUAUAAUCAAAAAUGUAGAGAUCCUUGCAGAGAUGCUUGUGGCUAUAACGCAUUAUGUCAAGUCAUCAAUCACAAAGCAGUUUGUACAUGUCCAAACGGAUACGGUGGAAUACCAGAGAUUGAAUGUAAAAUACAACCAGUUCCGGUACCAAGACCCGAAUGUAUUCAAGAUUCAGAUUGUGCUAAUGAUAAAGCCUGUAUUAACGAGAAAUGUUUGAAUCCAUGCACAUCAUCACCAGGAUUAUGCGGAUAUAACGCGGAAUGUAGAGUGCAAACUCAUAGAGCUAUUUGUAUAUGUAAAGGCGGAUUUACUGGAAAUGCCCAAACUGCUUGCGUUGAAAUUGGUUGCCGAAGUGAUUCAGAUUGUCCACCAAUUCAAGCAUGUGUUAAUCGUGAAUGUGUAGACCCUUGCAGUUUCACUCAAUGUGGUCUAAACGCUUUCUGCAGACCAGAUUCAUUCCACAAAGCCCGUUGUUAUUGUCCGGAUAGAUUCAGAGGUGAUCCUCAAAUCCGAUGUGAAAGACCCGAAUGCAGUAAUGACGAAGAUUGUCCAUACAAACUUGCUUGUCGCAAUGAAAGGUGUGAAGAUCCAUGCCGUUGCGGUCAAAGUGCUAUUUGUACUGUUUAUAAUCACAAACCCCAAUGCUCGUGUCCACCUGGUUUUAAUGGAAACCCAUUAGUAGCAUGCUCUUUAUCUAAGGAAGAUAUACCUGAAUGUAAAAUUGACGCAGACUGCCCAAGUAAAUAUGCGUGCUUUAGUGGUUCUUGCAAAAACCCAUGUAUUGUCGCUAAAGCAUGUGGAAUUAAUGCUGAAUGUUCUGUGGUGGAUACUCUUCCAUUGCGAACAAUGUCAUGUUCGUGUUUAGCAGGAUAUGUAGGAGAUGCUGGUGAAAUAUGCAGAGCUGAAAAAGAAGGCUGUAAAACAGAUUCGGAGUGUCCGUUAACAACAACCUGCAUUAACGGAGAAUGCAUAAAUCCAUGUGUGGCGGCGAAUCCUUGCGUUCAAAAUGCUCAUUGUGAACCUCUCAACCAUAAGGCAGUUUGCAAGUGUCCAGCAGGAUUGGUUGGAAAUCCAUUCAUUUCUUGCUCACCAGUCAGCAACAUCGAGCCAGAAUGUACUAAAGAUCCAGAUUGUUCAAAUGAUAAAUCUUGUAUAAACCAACGUUGCAAAGAUCCUUGUAUUUCAAAUCCUUGCGGAACAAACGCAGAUUGUCAAACAUCUUUCCACAGACCAGCGUGUUAUUGUCCUGAUGGUUGGGGUGGUGAUCCUCAAGUGAUGUGCUACAGACCAGAGUGCAAAGUCGACGAUGACUGUCCGUACAAUAAAGCUUGCAUUAACUCGAACUGCUUAAAUCCCUGCACAACCACAUCUUGCGGUCAAGGAGCCCAAUGUAUAACUCAUAAUCAUCGUGCUCAAUGUCAAUGUCCAGCUGGAUCGCAAGGCAAUCCACUAGUUUCUUGUAUAACCGGCGUCUGCCAAUACAACGAAGACUGCGCCGAUCACGAAGCGUGCGAUAGACUUAAUAGAAUUUGUCGACCAGUUUGCGAUGACGAAACCUGUGGAGACAAUGCCCGAUGUGUCGGAGAAAAUCACCAAGCGAAAUGUAAAUGUCCACCAGGAAAAUACGGAAAUCCAUAUAUUGAGUGUAAAGAUACAGAACCAAGGGUACCAUUACCAGGUCCAGAAUGUACAACCGACUCAGAAUGUUCAUCACAAUUUGCUUGUAUCAACACCCGCUGUCAAAACCUUUGUGCAAUCUCAGAUUUCUGCUCGAUUGAUCAAGAAUGUCGAGUCUGGGAUACGCUUCCUUUAAGAACUUUCAUCUGCCAAUGUCCGGCCGAUACUUUUAAGGAUGAAUCCGGAAAAUGUAAACCAAUUGCUACACGAGGAUGUACCACGGAUUCAGAAUGUGACGACUCUAAGAAAUGCAUUCAAGGAAGUUGCAUAAAUGCUUGUUCUGUUGAUCAGUGUGGAAUUAACGCUUUAUGUGCUGAAAAAUACCACCAAGCGAUUUGUACUUGUCCACCGGGCCAUAACGGUAAUCCCCACGUUGAAUGUACUCGAGUGAGAAUACCAUUACCACCAACACCCGAAUGUUACUCAGACGACGAAUGCUCCUCCGAAUUGGCUUGUAGAAACCAAAUUUGCGUAAAUCCAUGUUCCAGCGAUAAAGUAUGCGCUAUCGGAGCUUUAUGUUCUGUUUCAGCGCAUAUUCCAAAUUGUAAUUGUCCUUUAGGAUAUGAAGGAAAUCCAAGAAUUGAGUGUGUACCCCCUAAAGGACCCGUAGCAGGUUGUAAACAAAAUUCUGACUGCGCUGGAUCUCAAGCUUGUAUUAAUGCUCGUUGUGCUAGUCCAUGCAAUUGUGGUCCCAACGCCGAGUGUAGAGUCGCAGGUCAUUAUCCAACGUGCUACUGCAGACCCGGUUAUUCAGGAAAUCCCCAAAUUGGCUGUACAAAACUUGAAUGUGAAACUGAUAACGAAUGCAACAACGACAAACAAUGCUAUAACGGUCAAUGUGUUAACCCAUGUAUUUUGGGAGACCCCUGUGCGUCAAAUGCGGAAUGUUACGGCCAUAAUCACAGAGCCAACUGUAAAUGUUUGUCGGGAUAUAUCGGCAAUCCUCUUCAAAAGUGCGAAUUGGUAGAAUGUCACGUAGACAACGAUUGUCCAUUAAAUCGAGCUUGUAUACAACAUCAUUGUAUCGAUCCAUGUUCUUCAAUUGCAAAUCCACCAUGUGCCCAAAACGCAAUAUGUUAUGUUCAAAAUCACGCUGCCGGAUGUAGAUGUCCAACAGAACUACCAGAAGGAAAUCCUUUGUCGUACUGUUACGCCUCGGUUAUUCCACCUGAAUGUCGUCUCGAUAUGGAUUGCCCAAGUAAAUUGGCUUGUAUCAAAAAUACUUGCGUCAAUCCUUGUACGAAAUUAUCGCCUUGUCACCCAACAUCGAAAUGUUCCGUUUUGGAUACAGUUCCUGUAAGAACCAUGACUUGUACUUGUCCCGAAGGAUGGGUACCAAACGAAAAUGACGAAUGCCAUCCGUUACCAAUUCCACCACCAGGAUGUGUCAGCGAUACCGAUUGUCCAAGUAAUGAAGCUUGUAUGAACAGGAUAUGUAAAAAUCCAUGUAACUGUGGAAAACAUAGCGCUUGCUUUGUCGAAAACCAUCGUCCUGUUUGUUCCUGUGAAAACGGCUUUGAAGGAAAUCCGGAAAUCGCUUGUUACGCGGUUGGUUGUAGAACUGAUUCAGAAUGUCAACCAGGAAAAUCUUGUGUCAAUUCGCAAUGUGUUAAUCCAUGCUUAGUUAAUGAUCGUUGCGGAAUAAACGCUCAAUGUCACGUUAAUAUAAACAGAGCUGAAUGUAGAUGUCUCAGUGGUUAUCGAGGAAAUCCGUAUGAUAGAUGUUUAAUAAUUGGGUGCACAUCAAACAACGACUGUUCUAACGAUAAACAAUGUAUUAACGCCCAAUGCAUAAAUCCUUGUAUCUUCAAAGAUCCUUGCUCGGCCCAAGCUGAGUGUAGAGUACAAAACCAUCUAGCUGUUUGCCGUUGUCCACCUGGAUUUAUUGGAAACCCAUACGUCGAUUGUCGAAGAGAACCAGAACCGGAAUGCAGAUUAGAUAGCGAUUGUCCACCUAGAUUAGCUUGUGUUAAUCAGAAAUGUAAAGAUCCAUGCGCAGUUUUCUUACCAUGUAGUAGUCCAUCAGAAUGUCAAGUAGCCAACACAGUUCCAGUUAGAACCAUGAUUUGUGUCUGUCCAUCUGGUUACAUUAGUAGCGGAAGUGGAACUUGUCAACCAACAAAAUCAAUCACACGAGUCAGUUGUAUAUCAGAUAAUGAUUGCGCAGCAGACAAAUCCUGCGUACAAGGAAUUUGUAAAAACCCCUGCAACUGUGGACACAACGCCGAUUGUCGCAUUAAAGAUCACAAACCAAUUUGUACCUGCAAACAAGGAUACAUUGGAAACCCAGAAAUCGAAUGUACCAAAAUCGGGUGUCGAUCAGAUUCCGAUUGCUCCAGUCAACAUGCUUGCAUCAACAGACAAUGCACACCUGCUUGUCCUGCCGAUAAAACCAUCUGCGGGAAAGACGCUGAAUGUUACGGAAUUAACCAUAGAGCUAUUUGCGAAUGUCCACCAGGAUUGAUUGGAAAUCCAAAAAUAAACUGCCUCACUAUUGGAUGUCGUUCCGACAGCGAGUGUCCAUCAAGCAAAUCAUGCAUUAAUCAAAAAUGUAAAAAUCCUUGCGAAGCUAAAAACCCAUGCGAUUUAUCCGCAGAGUGCAAAGUCUUUAAUCACCAACCGAUUUGCGCUUGUCCACCUGGAUUUAAUGGAAACCCCAUCUCUGGAUGUUUCCCAACUCAAACGAAAUGCAAAUACGACUCUCAUUGUCCAUCUCAAACGGUUUGCAUCGGCGGCGAAUGUAUUAAUCCAUGCAUCGAGAAAGAACCAUGCGGAAUUAAUGCUGUUUGCACCGUAUUAAAUACAGAACCCGUUAGAACCAUGAUAUGUCAAUGUAAAGAGGGAUAUCAAGGAAAUGCAGCUGUACAAUGCGACAAAACCACAUUCUGCAGAUUUGAUAAAGGUUACAUAAUAGCAACAGAUGGCAUUUGUAAAUGUCCACCAAAUACAGGUCUAAACGAAAACGACGAGUGCGUAAAAUGUUUACCCGAGAGAGGUUUUAUAGUUGAAAGAGGUCGAUGUGUUUGCAACUUAGAAAAAGGUUGGAUAAUCGACGAGAGAGGAAAAUGCGUGUGUCCAACCGAAUUUGGUUAUAAAUUGGAUGUCUCAGGAGCUUGCAAACCCAAAACAACCGGAUGUUAUAGCGACGAUGAAUGCGCUGACAAUAAAUAUUGCAACCUUGAAAGCGGAACGUGCGAAAAUCCUUGUAUUAAUCCUCAACAAAAAAUCUGUGGAUUAAACGCUUUCUGCAAUGCCACAAAUCAUCGUGCUGUUUGCGUUUGUUUAACAAAUUAUUAUGGAAACGCAGAAGAUGCAUGCUUACCAUACAAAGUAAUUCCUCCACCGGAUUUCCCACCACCCCAAAUGAACGUAAAAUGUCUUUCCGAUGGCGUUCAAGUAGAUAUUGACUUCCCCAAAGAAGAAUUUAACGGAGUAUUAUACGUAAAAGGUCACAGUAAAGACGAAGAAUGCCGAAGAUCUUUAACAAUAAGUUCAACAGAUACAGAAGAUCGUAAACAAGACUUCAAGGUUCAUUUUGGAAGUUGCGGACUUAUUUUAGUCAAUGGUAACGCCAGUUUUAUUCUCGUGAUUCAAAAACAUCCUAAACUCGUAACAUACAAAGCAAGAGCUUUCCACAUUAAAUGUAUUUAUCAAACUGGAGAACAAAACGUUACAUUAGGAUUUAACGUCUCUAUGAUAACGACCGCCGGUACCAUUGCAAAUACGGGUCCUCCACCAACGUGUUUGAUGAGAAUCGUGACAAAAACGGGCCAAGAAAUUUCAUCUGCCGAAAUCGGCGAUGAAUUAAAAUUGGAAGUGGAAGUUCAACCUGGUUCGAUAUACGGAGGAUUUGCUCGAAGUUGCGUCGCGAAAACUAUGGAAGGAACAACAGAAAACACUUACAUCGUAACUGAUGAAGACGGCUGCGCGACCGAUCCCAAAAUCUUUGGUGAAUGGGAUUACAGCACAGAUACCGAAAGUUUACAAGCCAGCUUUUACGCAUUUAAAUUCCCUAGUAGUGAUAACAUCAAAUUCCAAUGUAAUAUUAGAGUUUGUUUUGGAAAAUGUCAACCAGUUAACUGCCGAGGAUAUAACGCGUUUGGUAGAAGGAAACGUGCAAUUGAUUACAACGAAACAGAUACCGACGUAGCUUUACAACCAGAUACACUUAAUGGGCAACUUCGUGAAGAAAUUACGAUUCAUUCGAAUACGAUUCUAACAUUUGAGAGACGUGAAGAAAGACUAGUUGAUCCCACAGAAUCUCCUCUUGCUCAACGUGUGGAUGACAUUUGCGUCUCAAUGAUUGGCUUUAUAAUUGCCCUAAUAAUAACAGCUUUGUUAGCUCUGGUGGCGGUAGCAGUAGCAGUUUCAUGUUGGUUGAUGGCAUACCGUCGAAGACCAAAAGCAACUGGACCGCUUCCUCAUCCACCAGAAUUUCCAAAUCCACUAUUUACAACGCCUGAACCAAUGGCAGAACCAAGUCCCGAUUAUCUUACGUAACGGUGAAGAAAGUUAUCGAAGAAAAAAAAAAGUUAAUGUUUAGGGACAAUACGUAAAAAAGUAUUUUAAAAAAAGUGUCGUCUGUACAAUG